UUGCCAAUUUAUAACAAAAAAUCUACUUUAUAAAAGAACUAAAAUAUUCAAAACGAUCUGGUCACGUGACUGUUGACGUCAUGUACCUCUUUUGGUCGUAACAAUUUACAUUUCAGAGUUUUAGAGUUCUAUUUUUAAUUCACGAUUGACCAAAGAUCUUGUUCAAAGCUCAACGCUAGCUGCAAAUGUGACAAAUUGACAUCAGAAAUAUUAAUUCUCUGUUAGAAAACCUAUUCUUUAUCAUUAAAUGUCAAAUUUAUUUUUUAAUGCUACGGAAUUUCGGGUUUGAAUAAUAAUUUCCCCUUGCGCUGUUCUCGAGCACAUGCAUAGUAUUGCCUUUCGUGUUGAGAAAACGUUUUCCGACAUUUCGUCCAAAGAUAUAAAACUAUAAUUUUGGAAAUAGUAUUUAUAACUGAAUUCUCUGUGCGCUAACGAUUGUUUUCUGUUUUCUGAUCUGUCUUCUUGUUAGCUAACUUUAUGUGGCUUGGCUUCUUCUAUUACCGUGACGGACAUGGUGCCUUUACAAGCCCGCCGGUGUUGCAAGAUCAUGGCUAUUGUUACUUAACUUUUUACUAUAUUCUGAAUCACUUUGGCCAUGCAUCGCUCUCAGUUUUUAUUGAGGAUAACACUGGAAAAAAAAUAACUACAUUAUGGAACGCAAAAGCCUCAACGUACGAUUGGAAGAAAAAAGUGCUGGAACUUCCAACAUUGUCCAACUAUUCCGUGGUUUUUCUGGGGUACAUUGACAGAGGGGGUCACUACGUGAUCAUAGACGACAUUAAGUUCAGACAUUGCAACUCUUGUAAGUUCCUUUGUUUGUUUGGUUUAUUUAAUUUUCUUAUAUGCUAUUUUUUACUAAAAAUCAAUAUAAACUCUGUGUUUCUACUUCCCAUGAAAGUGACUAUCAUUGUGACAAAUGUAUAUGAAAUAAAUUAUAUUUUAAAUCCUAUAAUAUUAUGUGAACUGCGGUGAAAACGAUGAGAGUAAAUGUGAUCCUUGCUGUUGAAUGAGCAACCUAGGCGGUUAAUUCCCAGUCAGUCCGAACAUUUUGCAGUUCUUUUUAACCACUCAGAGGUUUUCCAUUCAACUGGGAUUAUUAAAUUCACUUCCAGACAUUUAAUUCAUAUGUCAGUUAAUUUGGUUUCUACUGAAUUGUUUUUUAUUUGGAAGAUGCCAAGUAGUCUUUCAAACUUGUUAGUUGUUGCUUUGGACCGCUAAGAGAACAAGAUUUAUGCUUUACACAUGGGCUUUAACAGCUAGACCCAGGGUAAUUGCUCCGACUUUCUUGCAAUGACCUGUUUUACAGUUAGGGGUGGAAAAGACGUUUAUUUCUUCAUAUAUGCUAAAAGUGAGUUAAAUGUCUUUCGACGAUCGGAUGCAAAGGGGAACAUCGUUUUUGGGUCAGAACCUCUCCUCUUCAGGAACUGUUCACUUUUUUUCCUUAAAUGUAUUUUGGUAAAGUUUAGAGACUGAAACGGUUGGUGAUCGAUUGCGAUAUGUGACGCUACAAUAUGCAAGAAGUCAAGGUAUUUAAAGGAACGGUCAUUGCGUAUUGCGGGAGAGGGAAGGACCGGCAAAUUUGGGAGGAGGGCUAAGAUUUUAUGGGCUCCGAUUUGAGGAGGGCCAAAAAUUUUUUGACCCAUACUUGGGGAGGAUCACAAAUUUUCUGACGCCUGUUUUAACAAUGAAACUUGAAAGGAAGUUAAAGACACGAAGGAAGGAAAGACACAGUACAACAAUCAGGCCACAGAAUUACCUUGCCUUGCAAAAUAACAGCUUUAAUUGGAACGGUUGAAUAAUGUGUAAUUUUUCUUUACAGCAAACUCUACCAUACACACAAUAACCGAAAGCACUAUCAGUGGAAGUUUGGAUCACGGAAUCGUUUAUAAUGCUACUCAAACCGAAAGCCACAUAUUCAGACUGCAACGUUCAAGAAUUACGAACAAUGGCCUGAAAUCCUUCCUUGACGGAAACUCUCCUGGGGCAGUUUAUUUGAAUGCUGCAAAUCAAGUGUUUCAAAUAUUUAACAAUUACUUUGCUGGGAACAAAAAUGGAACUGUCCAUUGUAGAUUGGAGAAUGACGUACUUAUACCCCUUCUGCCAAUCAGUCAAUUUCAUGCCAACACAAUUGAAUUAAACAGAGGUAGAUCUCUGUUCCUGGAGGGAAUUUCUGGACCAUUUUUGAACGUUAAAGUUACAAACAAUUACUUUUCUGUGAACGUGGCAACCGACCAGGACAUGAUCGAGCACAGCAUUUUCAAGAUCUCAAAUGCGACAGCACAUGUUGAAGGAAACUUCUUUUACAAUAACAGCGGGAAGUAUGUAUUGGAAUACGACCACUCUCCUGCGAAUGUUACUGGUCUUACUUUCGCAAACAACACUUUGUACAGGAAUGUUGGCUUAGGAGUAAAUUUUGGCGUGACUAUUCUUUGCAACGCGGCAGCAAAUAUGCAUAACAACAUUUUAGAGAAUCCCAGAAACCGCUAUCAAAUAAGUACAUCACUAAAAGGUAUACCGACUGUGGUAAAUGCAACAUCCAACUGGUGGGGAGCUGGCAUUCUUAAACUCAUUGUACCCCUCAUUUUUGACAAGACUAAAGAUUAUAGGCUGUCGGUAACAGUCACAUAUGAGCCAUUUGUUGAACUGCAGCCUCAGGUCGUAACUUCUGGUAAGUUGUUUUAAGGAGUGCCUCAGAAAUCAGUCAAAGAAGUAAUACUAAGCGAAAAAAAGGCAGAACCACAAAAAGCCAUUUGGUAAUUUGUGGCAGCUUUGCAAACGUCCAAUUACAUGAACUAUUGUUGGUGUCGCUUACAAAAAUGAUUUCCAGAAAAAGCACAGGUAAAAACAUUCUUUGCCUUAACAAGCAAGCCAGGAAGUUCGGUCUAGGGUCAUUUGACCUAUUAAACGCCUUGCCAAAAACAGCGGCAAAACAGAACAUUAUUCUUUAUCAACCCAGCAGCAGCUAGAUCUACAACUACCCCUGUUGCUUGACUGAGAUGGGGAAAUCGAGCUGAAGGGUAUAAGAUUUAAGCACUCUUAAAGUAAUGAAUUUUAUACUAAGAUACGGUGUGACACGAAAUUUUUGUUGUAGUUUUGUCUUGCUGAUCGAAAAUAACGCUCUCGUAGAAACUUAUGUUUGCGGGAACUAAUAUUUUCCAUCGUGAAAAUCUGGUAGUUAACAUUUCUGAUCUACCAAAUAUUAAAAUUUUUCAAGAGAAUAACUUAUUUCAUCCCGAGAUGACGCAAGGACCUUCAUGUUGCUUUAAAGAUACAAAAAAUACAAGUUUAUUAACAUUUAACUCUUUGAAACAAAAGAAGUUAAGGUGUUUCGAUACCGUUUUUCAAAGGCCAUACCGAUAUUUUUCAAUCGCCUUAAAAGUGGUUUCUUCCUUGUCCGAUCGCUAUAAAAUUUUCACCAGUGAUUGGCUAUGGAUUGAAAUUUGUGAAAAAUGUAGUUUUAAGUAAAAUCGAUAUUACUAUGACAACAAUAAACAAAAAACUUUGAAAUUGAUAAAAGCCGAAUUUUGUGUGAUCUAGACCAGCUACUGAAAAAUCGAACACUGGGAACUUGAAGUUUGGUGUUUGGCAAACAAUCUCCGUAAGAGGUAAAAAAAAAAAGUUCAAGUAGCGUCAGAAUGCUGCUUAUUAUCAUAUUUUGAUGCUAGGAAAUUUUAAUUCAUUUCUUUUGUUUCAACGAGUUAAAUGUUAAAUAUCUUAGCCUUAGGUGGGGGUCUAAAAGGGGUUGUGGCUUUUACGAUUACCGGCUAAAGUUUUGGCCCUUUCACGACUAUCGGUUAAUUUUCUUUCAGUUAUUGUUAACAAAAAAGUUGAUAAUUAAGGUAUUUCGAUAUAGUUUUACAGGGACCAUACCGAUAUUUUUCACUCUUUCAAAAGUGAUUUUAUCCUUGUCUGAUCGCUAUAAAAUUCUCACCAGUAAUUGGCUAUGGAUUGAAAUUUGUGAAAAUGUAGUUUUAAGUAAAAUCGAUAUUACUAUGUCAACAAUAAACAAAAAACUUUGAAAUUGAUAAACGCCUACUUUUGCGCGAUCUAGACCUGCUACUGAAAAUCCUUUGCUAGGAACUUAAAGUUUGGUGUUUAACAAAUAACCUCCGUAAGAGGUAAAAAAUUCGGUAUGUUUGAAUUCGACUAAAACGAAAAUAUAUUUCAAACUUUCAAUUUUCAAUAGCCGUGAUAGAUUAUUUAAUAAAAACGUUAUAAGUGACUCAAAUUAUUUUUAAGUAGCGUCAGAAUGCUGGUUACUAUCAUAUUUCGAUGCUUCCCUUAAAUUUCAGCGUCAUGCCCGCCUGGCUGGAUUAAAAAAGAUGAGCUGUGCUUCUUGUACAGUGGAGGUUCCUUCAGUUUCCAAGAAGCUGUGGCGCACUGUGAGGUGGGUGAAUCGAUUCAGUGGACAAACGGGUAUAUUUAUUUUUACCGUUAGCAACCGAUACAAAGUGGACUGUUAUCUCGAAAGUGGCUGGUAAACAAUACUUUGACGCUGUAUCGAAACUUGACACUGGAAAAUGGGCAAAUAACGUUAAACAGCAAAUCCCAUUCAGACCUAGACCUUUUUACACAUGAUACGAGUCAACAUAUUUCAAAUUUAUUUACAAGAACGUGUCCGAUGUUUAAUUAUUACAACUGGUUUUCUGGACAUUCUAGCAUAAGUACAUACAACUUACGUAGAUUGUAAAUUGUUUAAGCGUAAGAGCCAUGUCAUAAGCAGACGUAGGUAAUUCAUAAGCCGAUAAUCGAUAAUAAUCGAUAGUAAUCGAUAUCAAUCAUUCCGAUAUCAAUCGAUAUAAAUCGAUAAAGAAAAGAAGUUGUGACUUCGAUUUUAAAAACAUCGAUUUCCGAUAGAACUCGAUAAUGAUUUUUUGUCGAUUGUUAUCUAUUACUAUCGAUUCCAAUCAACGGUUAUCAAUUAUUUUGUUAAUCGGUAAAUUAUUUUUUCUGUGACUUCGAUAUCUACCGAUUUCCGAUAUUGGUAGAUUAAAUCGAUUAAUAUCGAUGAUAUUGAUUGAUUUCGGACACCGAUUUUUAUGCAUUAACUGAAUCUGGUAUAAGUAGGUGGAAUUUGAUCUCCCGGGUGAACAAGAGUAUUGUUGAUAGGGACUGACGUUUUGACAACCUGUGCGAUAGCCAUCGUCAGAGCCAAAAACUGUGAUGAAGACUCUGAUUGUGACUGCCGUACUGGUAAGCAAAAUCGUUAUGCCGACCUCUACUAAUUAAGGCGACUGAAAGUAAAAAAGGUCAAAAGAUGAAGCAGUGCGCAUGCUUGGAAAGCACCUUUCGCUGCCGCGCCAAAUUUUACACGUACAACGUAAAGACCUUUCUUGUGGCGUAGUCACUACUACGUGAGUAUAAAAGUCAACUUUUUUCCUAUUUUUUUUUUUUUCAAUGACUGGUUUUAAAACCUAUCAUGGAUUGAUUUCAACUUUAUCAAGAUUCUGCUUUUCCAUUAAUUAAGUCCUCCUACGUUUUCUCAGCUUAAUUUUUUUUUAUUAUUGACGGAGGUCAAAUGCUGUGUUCAAGACGUAUGGCAAAUUUAGAAUUUGAGGCUUGCACGGAUCAUGCAGCAGCAAAAACUCCUCAAAAACUCCCUUGAUUAUUCCUUGAUCAUAAGAGAGGAAAAUAACAUCUCUUGCUCACUAAAAUAAAGGAGUUCAUUACGACUUCAUAACAGCGACAGCUAGUGAGCGAAAAACGAAGCAGCCACUGUUUGGACGCCACUCGCUUAAAGUUGAAAUUUGGCGGGCUACGGUGAUGUGCUUUCCUGAGGAUUCCUCAUCCACGACCCUCGUAGUAGAGGUCACCUAAAAUCAGUAAUAACAACAAAUUAACAGUCCUAUUUGGACCAUCAUUCCACCUGGUUAUGACGAACCAUCAAUCUUGCCCAUGAUUAUAUACCAUGCUUUUGAUGUUAUUAUAAAAUGUCACGCAACUUUCUACAGAGAUCAGGUGGAAGUAUCAUAUCUAUGUAUAUUGAUGAGGAUGUAAGACUAGUCAAGGAAUUGAGGCGGAAAGAAUCCUUAUUAAUACCAACGGUUGUCCCUUCCUUAUGGACUAUGAAAAGAAGGAUUGUAAGAAAGGUAAGAGAUACAUCUUUCUUACCAAAGCAACAGUAGGCCGGUUUCCACAUCAUUUAAUGUUUUUGUUUUUCAGGCAUUUUUAGCCUUCAACUUGAUCGCCAAUGUGGUAAAUAAGAAAUGCCAAAUUUAUUUUUAUUAUUAUUUUUUAACCAGUUAAUAACAGUUAAACCUUGAAAAAGAAUUACAAAGUAAAACGCUCCCAUGGCCACAGGUACAACUGUCAAGGCUGUUGACUUGUCCUUCGCUCUAGGCAAAUUUUCAGGGGAAAUAUCAAAAAAGGCAUAAAUAUUCACGGUUAACCGAUUCAAUUCGUUGCGUUUUAAGUCAACAACAUCGAUACCGUAGGACUCAACCUUCGGACGUACAGCACCUGAAGUUUUCUGUGGCUGUUUGUUUAUCUCUCGCGCGCAUUUUGAGUCAUGUUUAGAAAUGGUCAGUUACUAUGCUUGCUAGAUAUGACGUCAUAAGUAGCAGGUUAUCAAGCCCUUUGUUAUUGUAAAAGCACGUUUUUUCAACUUCUUUAAGGAAUAAAAGUAAAGCUUGUGUAUAAAAUGAUGCAAAUUAGUUAUUUUAAGCGCAAAAAUUUAUUAAUUCUCACUCUUUUGACCUGAUUUCCAAUUCUUGAUAAAAUCCUAGUUGGCGGCCAAGAUGGCGACCAUGUUUGGUGACGUCACAGGCCUUCAGCAGCUCCACCACCAAUAAAGUAUACCCUUAUCUUGUAGAGAUCAAAGGCUUAUUUCACUGAAGGCAAAAUCGUUUCGAAAUAUUGCAAUAUAUCAAAAACUCAGGGGGGUCCAUCAAGCCCCCACCCCGUACCACGGUGGGGGUAUGACUUUGCGUGUACGUCUGGGGGUUAAGUAGAGGCUGAGCUCUCUUAGCAUGCGCACGUCUUCCCUGGCAAGGAAAACUUGUAUGAUGGAAGCACCCACCACCGUUUUUCCUUUUUUUCUUUUUCUUUUUUAUUGAAUUCUGACAUCCUAUAUAUCCUUUUUCACUCGAUCUUACCCCCCACCUUCAACUAACUAACAUCGCCAGGUAUUGGCAACGUAAAUAGCUAAAAGUAGAUACGUUCGGGCUUGCUAUCCAUUGGAGUUCUCAAGGCACUUUCUAUUGCCCUCGAAAGUGGCUGUAAACAAACCUACUAAAAGGUUGAACAUAUUAAGUGCAAGAAAAACAAAUGAAAGGUUGACAAUGGAAAGUCAACGAUAGAAUGUAGGUUGAACCUACGGUCAGCUUUAAUCCCAAACAUGCUUUCUUCGAGGGACGACAUUCUAUUUUGAUAUAAAAUUAAUGCCACUUGCGUUAACAAACCCAUUAAAAAGAUAAUAACUGCACGAAAGCCUGUCCAACACCAAUGUGAUGGGAGGCGGAUGAACACUGGACUACAAACCUAAUCUUAGCAGUGAGACUCUAGGCACGAUUGAAACCUCAAACGCAAACAAACAAUCAACGAAAUUCCGAAAGACAUGAAAAUCAGAACAGUUUUAUGGUGGUAAAGGUGUCGUCAAGGUAACGUUUCCGGAUCUCAGGUGCGAUCGGCGUAGAUGAUUGACAAAAUCCAUAUAGAGGGUUCGUAUGACUGCGAAGACUGGGUUUUCUAUAGCUGAGCCAUCCUGUUAUUCAUAAAUUGCUCUAUCAUAGUGAAAGUACAGUGUAAGUGGACAUAACUUAAGGAGUCUACAAUCAGUGUAGUUUCAGGAGGUUUUGGCGCGUGAAUUUUGCACCCUUUUAGUAUUUCCUGUCUCACUUGUUAAGAAAGAAAAACGGAUAGCUUUUUACACCAUUAGGGAAAAUUUUCAAUGCAUUGCUUAUCUGAAAGGAGCGUAAUCGACAUCAUGCAGGAAGCGCACCAUUUACACACAUGACAAAUGUGGCUUAAUUAAAUGUGAUAUUAAAUGUAAAUUAGGAGAUUACGAACCAAGAAUAAGCCAUAUUUAUUGUAGUUUGACCGUACUUGCAAUUUUCUAUCUUAGGGUGUAUCUCAACGAGGAAAUGAGGUUUGCUCUAUUGUGGACAGUUUUGGAAAUAUAACAGAUUCCGAAUGUGAUCGACCCCUUCCAUUUGUCUGUGUUAGGCGUCCAGGUAUGGUAGGCAUAUGAUAACAGAAAGGGGUGGGGUCAGGUAGAAACCCUGACUUUUAGAAACCGGCAUGUAACACUAGAGAUAUUUGGAAUCACGUUUACGGCAAACAGCAAACAUUAGAUUCAAGUUGAAAAAUUCUUGAAUAGAAAUGGGCAGAUAAAAGCUGUUCAAAAUAAUUCUUAUGGAUGAAGCUGACGUAAAUCUGCUAAUAAAAACUGGAAGUUAGUAAGUUUAAUUUCUUUCGUAUUAUAAAAAGACUUGGUUCCUUAAGUCCCUCUAAGUUUUUCCAUUUAAUCUCUCUUUGAACUCCAAUUGUACAGCCUCGACUUUUUUAGUUAGGAAAGACAGGUAUCAACAGGCUAAGAGAUCUAUGUCUUUCUUUUUAGUGCGUACAAUGGCAUGAAAUAUCUUGACUCCCGUUUAAUUAUUAUCAUUAUUAUUAUUAUUAUUAUAAAUCAAAACUUUUAUUGAUAACAAAGCUCACUAUAAAAUCCUAUUUACAAUCAAUUUCAGUGAAAGCACUAUUUACAUUAUUCCUUUCGAUUAAAAAAAAGACACUUAAUUUCGAUUGAAAAAAAUUAUUCCAUUAAAAAUAUAACACAUAUUCGAAAAAAAAUUCAAUUAAAAAUUAUUAUUAUUAUUAUUUUUAUUAUUAUUAUUAUUAUUAUUGUUGUUGUUGUUUCUAUUAUCAGUUGUCCAUUGUCCAAAUGGCUGUUUUCAUCAUGGAGAAUGCGUGGGUGCGGUAUGUUUCUGUUAUCCGGGAUGGACUGGAGAAGACUGCUCUAAAUUCCACUGCCAUGAUCUGCAGAACUGUUCCGGUAACGGCGAAUGUAUGGGUCCUAAUGUGUGCAAGUGUUAUCCGGGAUAUCUGGUAGGUCUGCUUCUUUUUGCAAUUCGAACGGGACUGACGGCAAAUUGUUAAUGCUGGAAAUAUCUAUAAGUCGUAAUGUAGAUUUAAGCAAGUCUAAAAGCGGCGUUUAUGUAAAGUACGAACUCCAGUUAAAUGGCCUUCGAAAUAAGGACCUCUGACACAGAAAAUUCAAACUUGAGCCAGUGAUCAAAUAAACGUAGAUCAACUGGUCAGUGUAUAACUCAAAAAAGGCGUGAACUCGAUGGCUAUGGUACUUGAGCUAGCGAUACGGCCAUCAGGGAAUACCCUAUUUUGACAGCUGCGUACUAACUUUGAUACGACGACAGCUUCGCAAUAUGGGCGCUAUGUUUGAGUAAGUGUGGAAUUUUGGUAUUGCUUAGACGGACAGACCGACGUACGCACACCGUACGGGCACAUGAUGACAAAAAAAAUAUUGGAAAGAAAGAUACCAUCUUUUCUAAUCCGUGGUGCUCUGCUAACGCCGUCUACCCGCAGAACUCAGCUAAAAAUUACUAUUUCUAUUCGGUACCUCUGUGGAUCGGAGUGAGUCUCUUCCAAGUACGGAUAAAUAAAGCUAUUGUAACGUUGUAUUCGUUUUAGUACAUUUUUUGAGGACCUCCUUUAUUUGACUGUUGGAGAAAACUGUGAAUCCCGGUUCUUUUGUUGUUUCAAUAAUGGCGAGAUCAGAAAGAAUGGCAGAUUUUCACCUUAAGCCUUUAUAUUGUAUGAUGGCCCGAGAUUCAUAUCGAAAAGAAUAGAGAUAAACGAUUAAUCAAAUACAUAGGAAUCUAAGUGUGCGUCAUUGAAUUCGCCUGCUGGGAAAAAAAUGUUGAAAGUUGUGUAAAAACGAAACACAACACCAUAGUCUUUAGAAGAGAGACGAGCAAAGUCACAGAAUGUUGCGUCCAAGUUGCAUCGCAUAAAGUAAUAAAACUCGAUUUGUUGCUAAAUAAGUGUGUUGUUUUAAAAUGUGCAAGUUCUUUUCUGUUGCAAGCCUAGUUCUCGAAAUUCUGCAAACGUCUUUUAAUCUUUGCAUAUUUCUUGCUACUUCUAACGCUGCCUCAAGUUAAAGUCAACUAUUAUUACUAACCACAAGAAAAGACAUCGAUCAAUUCAACAACCUUAACUUGUUCCCAGGGUCUCUCGUAUUCACGUCUCUUUCUAACUUCAGGGGAUGAAACGAACGGCGGGGCCAAACCACCCCCCAAAGGCCUUAUUAAGGCUUAAUUUACGUAUCUUUUACAUUUCGUUUCAUUUCUCGACCAAACUUGCCAGAUAGACUACGAUUGUUGACCAAAUGAUAUUAAGUUUUUGUUUGACGCAAAAUGUCAAAUUGUGAGGUCACAAAGGCUGACGUCACCAAUAUGGGUUAAAUGCAGUUUAUCAUUUCAAAGUCAAACUUAUAUCACUUGAAAGAGCUUUGGAAGGGGAAUAAAACAGCGAAAACCGUUUCUGGCUACGACACGUAAAAUUCGAGUUAUGGGACUUCAAAGAAAUUUCAUUGCACCCCUCGGAACAAUACUUUUCAUUAAGAAACGAUCCCUCUGAUAUUUUUUUUCACAGUUUUUUUCCAAAAAAAGCUGAUUUUCAGGUGACACAAACCUUUUAUAGCUGGCCAAAAUUCAUAUCAUUUUAGAUUUUUAUUUUUUGACUCAAAAACACUAAUUUAAGCAAACCAAAAAAUUGAUCGCGUGACAUUUUAUGACGUCACAAAACUGUUUUCUAGGUUUUUGCGCAGUUAGGAAUUUAUUUUUUUAUUUUUUCUUUUCCCUUUAGCUUUCGAAGCAAAGAUGUGUUAUGUGUAACUUAAAUAGCAAGAGUGACUCGACAAUAAAACUCUUGAAUUUAGACUUAUUUUACAAGGGAGUGCCCCGUUUUUGUGCUCCGAAUUUAUCCAAAUUCAAAAUGUCAUAUCUCAGCUUAUAUUUGAGAUAUUGAAAAAAUUUUUUCAGCUUUCAACUUCCCUUGAAUAGUUCUUUAAAAAAUGAUAUAAAAAUUGGGAGAUUCAAAAGUUUAAAGUUUGCGUAUGAAUGACGUCAGCAAAUGUGACGUCAUAAUUUGACAUUUGGUGUCAUCCUAUAAAACAUUUCAAUUGGCCAGGGCCCAGUUGCUCGAAGCAUGGUUAGCGUUAACCAGCGUUUAAUACCUUGACAACGUAUUGGUUUUGAUACUGCUUAACCAAUGGUUAAAGCUAACUAUGCUUUGAGCAACUCAGCCCUGAUGUUUAGUAAUUUUCAGGCCAAGUUUGGUCGGGAAAGAGUCAAAGCAAGCAAAGUUAUUUUAAAUCAAUCGAAACUGUCACGUUUUGAUAAGCCCUUUGGGGGUGGUUUGGUCCCACCGUGUAUAUAGCUAGCUAGAGAUGGGGGUAGAAUCGAGACUGCGUAUUCAAGAAAGUGUUCAAUAUUUCGAGACUGGUUUGUUUAAUUUGUUGAUAUUAAGCCGGUGAUAUUUAGAAUAUUCUCUGCAAUUACAGCCCCCCUUCAGAAUAUAUUCUUAGAGGACUAGUGUAUCUGCAGAAACUAUGUAUCACGAAUUACAUGUAGAUUGUAAUGAGUCAAAACUGCUUACCAGAAGUGAAGAUGUGUUUCUAUGUUUCGUUAACACAAAAACAGCAACCUUUGAACCAAUGCAAAAAUACACAAAUAAAUAAAUAGACAUAGAAAUAGGAAAGCUGCUAAACUUUAAGUUUUUAUUACUUCUGUUACAUUAUUACAGGGUUUUGGUUGUACGUAUUCCUACUGCGGAAAGUACGAAAGCUGUACUGAUUGCGUGACAGAUCCAUUUUGUGGGUGGUGUGACAGCCUACGUUCUUGCGUUGGGGGCUUUGCUGAAGGACCUCCAAAAUUAAACUGUCCUGACUGGUUUUACUAUCACUGCUACACUGUGGGAAACGAGAAUCCAUGUUCCAGCAACAUCUUUGUGAGUUCAUUAACUAUGUUAGGAAAUAUUGCUAAAUCCGAGUUCAUAUUUUGUAACUACCAAAAGUUUUAACUACUUCGUAUAUCUCAGUGGGUCUUCAUCUGUACAGGGGAAAAGGUGUUAAAUAAUAACUUUAAAUGAACUUAAAGGACAAAUAAGUCGUUUUUAACAGAAAAAUAGGGUAUAAGAACAGUCUACUUGACGUGCACUCUAACUGUUUUGGUCAUUUUUUUUUUACUUUUUUCAGAGCGUGGACUGUACAAGAAAACAAUGCAACUACCCAGAUGGAAGAGCAACCAAAGAAUCUUGUCAAAAGUGUAAAGAUCUGGAAAAAUGCUACAAAACUACUGUAAGAAUUUGUUACAAAUUGGCCAGGUUUUGAGUUUACCUGGUCUACAAUAGACUCCCUUCGUCCUAUUCGAAUUCAGCGUGGCAGGCAAAGAUGGCAAAACGUAAAAUGGCGUAGCGUCGGUGUUCAUCAUUUGCUUUGUAAUUGCAUGCUCUAGAUCUGACGUUUUCAUGUCAAAGGUUUAUAGCCUUUAAGGCGUUAACUGUCAUUAGGUUGCGUCUACAACAGACAUAAUCAUAUUGCCAGCUCGACGCAUUGUUUUUGAAGCUGUAGCUUCAUAUCUUAUUCACCGUCCUUAAGGCAAUGUAUGAGGAAUCAGUGUAUGAGUUUACGUGAUUUCAAUGUAGAGGGUAAAAUAAUGAAUAAAACCUAUGACACUUUUUUUGGUCGAAACUUCCCGAAGCAAAUAUCCUCGGAGACCCAGGGGCAGUUAGAAGGCACGAUGAUGUCUUUGUGGGCGACAUGCUUUUGGAUUAACCCAUUCUCACCUGGGAAUUUUGCCGAAAAAUCGAGCCGUUUUCUGGCCACUGCUUGGAUAUAAAGGGCUAAAUCUCACCAAAAAGCGGUUGACAGUUCGUGCACUUCGCGGCCCUCUGUUCCAGAUGCAUAAUAUCUGCUUCGUAAGAUCGAUCAUGUGCUGAAAUCAAAAUUUUGGGACUUGACUUUGACUUUUCUCUUUUCCCUCCAUCCCUCUUUUUUUAGCAUUUUUUCCCUCGGCUUGAUCUUUUUCUUUUGUUGGGCAUUUCAUAGGCUUCAUUUAAGUGGGAAAGGUUUUUGGGAGAGCUUUUAGGAUCGUAGGAUAAGAUGCAAGGGGGUGCGGGUGGGUAGUGGAACAAGAAAUUUCAUUGGAAUUUCGGACAACUUUAGAUGUUUUUUUUGCUCUUUACUCCGGCCUCCUUGACUGAAUCGUGCUCAUUCUGGUAUGGUUCGAAAAAUCAUUCCUCCCUUCAAAAGUUAGGUGACCCUUAAAACUGACGAGGUCAAAAGCGAUACAAGGGACGAGUAUUCGCCCGAGCGUUUAAGGGGCGGGUCAGGGACGAAUGGGUUAACUCAUUGGUUAGAAUAGCUGCCCAGGGACUUUUCCGUUCUCGUUGUGAACUUUCGCCCACGAAAAUGCCGUCGUCCCAAGUACCUGCUCCCGUGCUUCCGAGGGUGGAAGCAAAGAUGCUCGCUGGCAAACUGAAAGAAAAGUCCGUUACUUUGUGAAACACCUCCUCGCAGAAGUUGCACUAAUACCCUCUCCAUCUGCUUUUGCUGAUGAGAAGUUAAGCUAGCUGCUUUUCUUGCCUGUACCAAUCGCACUGAACACUAGACGUUUUACGAUCACAACUAAUUACAGGUAUUUCGUCAUGUGAUUCACAUAUACCUGCCAAGCCAACUAGACAUUAAUACCUAGGAAAGCACUGUACUGCUGAGGUCGUCAUUAAAAAUUCCAAAAUGAUUGCUAUUCCUAAGUCAUGACUGGACCUGGAUCCGCUGUUUAAUAACGUUUGGAGAAAACCAAUAAUAGGCCCUCUUCUGUGAUAGGCUUUCUAUCGUAUAAGAAGCGUACAAUGGCAUACCCAGUAAUGGCCUGAAUAACGGAGAGAAUAGUUUAAACAACACCAACACUUACCGUCAACAGCGGUGAAGUCGUUGUAGCUCUGAAUAAAAGUUUCCAUUAAAUUUACAGGGCGAAGGUCGAUGCAGGGCAUGGGAUGAGACUCGCUGUCCAGGUGGAAAAGUUCAAGUGGACUACACAGAUCCCCAGAGAGUUAACAAUGUGCAGCUUGCUAAGAAUGUUAAGAUUGUGGAACCAAAUUCAACUAUUAUUUAUGCCUGUCCAGUGAUCUUGGAAGGAGCAGAGAGGAUCUCGCCCGUGUUUGUCACCUCAAAAGUCUUGAAUGUUGGGGAGGGGGACAUAUUGUGCAGUCCUCAAGCGGGUGGGAUCAUGCACAAAAUAGUCACAGAAUACACGGAUGGUAUGCAUUAACUUGCAUUGCAUUAUUAUCAGUCAUUACUGAAGUGAGGCAGGUCAUUAUCUUAACCUGCCUCCAAUAACAUAAACCUAACAUAAAUCUGUUAAAAUAUGAAACCUGUAGUUACAGUAAAACGGUGCAAAGGUUUCCAAUGUUCCCGGUUAUUGAUAAGCCAACUAGAGUUUAUGGUAACUCAGCAACUUUAGUUGACAAGACAUUUAUAAAUAAUGCUGAUAAUAAUGUAGCUGGUGGCAAUAUCUUCUACGACACAAAAAGAUCAUUUUUCCCAAAAAUGCAUACUGACAUCGCACUGUAAAUCAUUCUUCCCAAAAUAUGAAAUGUAAGGCCGAGGCCAGAAGUCGAACUUUUCAUAAGGCGAACCCAAUUCUAAUUUGGGUAGAAGAUCAUCUGUAUGCAAAUUUUGCCAGCAACUCGCUGGACGAGAUUUUGCGACUGUUAAGUUAGACGUCGAACUUAGGGCGCGUCCAACCAAUCAAAUGAAUCAAACCAAAAAACGCAAUUUUAAUGAAUAUUCUCCUGAACGAGGCUGAAUAUACAUUAUCUUACAAAUUUUUAAUUUAUUAGUUAAGAUCGUGGCAUGUGAAGAUCGACGUUUGUCCCGGAGCCAACCUCCAGACGUUCUAUCCGUCUGAAGCAAAAGGAUAGAACGUGUUGGAAGAUCCAAACUCAUUCAGACGAACUUAACUGAGCCACGAGACGUCGAACUUUUCAUAGCUUAACUCACUAAGUUUGGUUCGUCUUAUGAAAAGUUCGACGUUUGGCCUAGGCCUAAGAUCCGUGAAUACUCUGGUUUAAACGCAUACAAUUUCAUUGACGAUUUGCAGACUAUUAAGUGGAAUGAUAUUUGCAACCAUAAUGAUGUCAAUCAAUCUUUUUCUAGAUCUUACAAAUGCGUCUUAAGAAGUAUAUCUAAUCGUAUCAAAAAUUCCUUGCUAAACCAUGGCUGACCGCUGGUUUAGAAAAUCAAUUAGAGUGGGUAAUAACUGCUUCUAUACCUCAGACUGGCACUGCUCUCAACCUAAAAUAGAACAUUAAUUGGAAAAACUUAUGUAUGCCAGACUUACUAAAUUUGUGAGGAAAAAAGCAUCAUGAAAUAUCCUCUACGAUCUGCAAUAUGGUUUUCGCAGUAAGCACAUUACUCAGCAUGCGAUACUUGACAUUGUAAACACUUACUCCAAAAUAUGGACGAUGGAAAAUUUUCGUGCGGUGCUUUCAUCGAUCUAUCUGAAGAAGGCUUUUGACACUGUUAACCAUGAGAUUUCAUUAGCUAAACUUAAAAAUUACGGUAUGAAGGGAGUAGUCAACUCCUGGUUCAGAUCAUGCCUAAGCAACCGGAAACAAACUACGCAAGUCAGUAACGGCAUGUCUAAGGCUGAGACGAACUUUUGUGGCGUGUCGUAAGGCUCAUUGCUCGGACCUCUCUUAUUCACACUUGACUGCAAUAAUAUCUACUAGACUGCUCUUCGCUAAUUGCCUGUUAUCUAUUUGCUGGCAAUAGAGCUAUAAUAUCUGCAGAUAAUAAUCUGGCGAAACUCCAAUCACUUGUAAUCUUGAGCUUGCCAACGUCAACGAAUGGCAAAGGGCCAUUCAACUCUGAACAUUAAAAAAAAAAACAACAAAAAGAAAAGAAAAUGCCCGACAUACCUUGGAUUAGAAUGCUUGAUUCUGCGACUUACGCCUACGCAAACCUUGAAAUGAAAGAUUAUGUUAAAUAUCUUGGUGUAAUGUAAUGAUUAAUUGAAAUCUUUCAUACGCCACUUGUACAUCUCCCAUAAUGCGCCUUGUUUGCCCCCCCCACAAAAAAAGAAAAAAUUUUGUUAACCUUUGUUUUUCAUUCCUCCUGGGUAUUAACCCGCCCCAAGACAAUUUGGAAACAACGGCAAAAAGGGGUAUUAUGGGAGAUGUGCAAGUGGCGUAUUUAAAUAUCACACGGAAUCUAUUAGUCAUAAAAUCAGCAAGUCAAUAGAAACUAUCGCUAAGAUUCGACACUGUACCCCACGUCGUGUUUUACUUUCAGUAUAAAUUUCAUAACUCGUUCCUUUUUUACCUUAUGGCAUCUGCGAUUGGGGAAAUUGUGACAAGACGUUUUGAAGAAAGAUUCAUCUUAAUUCCACUAAAAAAGGGCCUAAAGUCUAAUGAUUACCUUUGUUUGUUAAAUCGACUUGGCUUUCCUUACCCAGCCAAUUUUUUCAGAGAUUGUUGCUAUCUACUGUAUGAUAUCAAUAGAGAGACAGUACCAGUAAGCAUACUCAAUCAAUUUACUAAAACAAAACAAGUCUGAUCCAUAACUACAGAAAAAGAUCUAUAUAUCUCUGACUAAUCUCUUUAUGUAACGUUCUCAAGGACUCAUAAAAUGUCUGCCUCUUUCAAUAGAAUCAGUCCUCACAUUUGAAACUCAGUAUUCCUUAUUCAACUAACACGCUCACAGGCAAGCGAUCACUCUUUUUGGAAACAGGCGGAGAUUUUACUGCUGAGUCUCUUGCCAUCAGAAGACGAUUACUUUGAAGUCCCCUUCUUUAUUUUUUAUAAAGUUGUUUUAUACAAUACGUUAGUCUCUCUUCUUACUUUGUUUAAUGUUGUGUUAUUCAAAUCGUAUUGUAGCGUACUCGUUGUCGUUUAGUCCAUGUACUAGAACCUUGUAAUGUAAAUAAUUGUCUUUCCUUCCCCCGCCUCGAUUAGUUCCUAGGGUAUUUGUGGGUGGGAAAAUAAUGUUACUUACUUUUUUAUAGUUGAGUUUCAAUAAAUUGAAUUAUUUUUUGUUAAGCUAGUAAAAACAAUUAAGGUUUAUAUUCUUUGUCAAUUGAUGUUUUUCAUAUCUUAAAAAAGGCCCUUUCAAGAUAAUGCUGGGCGCCCCUGCAGGAUUAGAUGACGUAAUUAAUUAUGCAGACUUCAAGAAAGAGACGUUGGUGGAGCCUCUAGAUGACCAAGCAACCCUGGAAGACUCGCCAGACGAACAGGAAAUACAGGCUCUACUUUCCGGCAACAUUACAGUUAAUGGCAGCCGCAUUGCAAUCCUGCAAGAUUGUAAGAAAAUAAGCUAUUGCCUCUCCCUUUUUUCUACUGACCUUUGUUUUUUUCCUUUCGGCAGGCUCACUGUUAGCUACUGUCAUUUUGAUGAAAGUUUUUACUUGAAAAACCAGUAGAGUCAUAUAUUGGUCUCAAAGCGACCGAUGAAAAUCCACAUUGUAUGUCUCACAGUGCAGCUCAAUAUAUCCCACUAAAUAAUUCGGAAGUUGACUGAACCCCAAAUAAUCCUGACAAACGAAUGCCAUUAAUAGUCAUAAAUCGCUAUGUGAGUAACAGACGGGCUGCUUUAGUGACUGAUUCAUGCGUUGUUUGAAUGGUCAAUUCGAUCAUGCACGUUCAGUUUUAUUGUAUAUAUCAGCCUUUUCGCUUUUUUACUACGUACUACUUUUUUAAUCUUGAAAAAUUUUAUUACUGCACAUAGGUUUAUACCAGCUGUUUUUUUUUAUAACUCAGCUGAUCAAUGUUUCGCAGUAUAAAUAAAGUAUUUUUUUCUUCUUCUUCUUCGUCUUCUUCUUCUUCUUCCUAUUAUUAUUAUUAUUAUUAUUAUUAUCAUUUUAUUAUUAUUAUUAUCCAUUCAUAAACUUCUUCUUUGCGUUGUUGGUUAGUAAUUUAAUCGAUUUGUCAACCGAUCUUUAAUUUCCUUUUUCUUUUUAAUUCGGUUGCUUGUAGUAGUAUACAAAUGUCUUGGACACACCUACGACGUUGGUGGAGUUUCUGUAUACUCCUACUACUUGGUGAUUGAAAAUAACCAAACGAUACCCAGGAAGGGCGAUAUCGUGGUAUCAAAUUCAAGUGAUGGAUUUAUUGAGACUGUUGUUGCCGCUCAUAACACCAGUGCUGACGCACUUUAUUUAGAGACAAAACUGCAGCGGUGCCACGAAAAUUCACAAUGGAAUAGUACAGGGUAUGAAUUAGUGUGCUUUAUUUCUUUUUAAUUUAAGUACUUAAGAUAAUUCUGUAUCUAUCAGUAAUAUAUAGAUUUAGCCAGGGCUAAAAGCGAAGUUCCCAAUAAUAAAUUUAUUAUUUAAAACAAACACAUUAGGGCGUAUUCAUGCGACUUUUGAGGGAAAGGCUAAAUGAUUUAAUAAUUAGAAAAAUAAUCUGCCAACAGUUCAAGAGUGAAAAAAUCUUACAUCGAGUUAUAUGUACAUCCAAAAAAUUGCAAUCAUCAUCUUCGACGAGUCAAGAGCCACAAAGGCUCUUGAUCACAGUAGAUUAGCCAAUUUACACUUUUGUAGUUUAUAGGUUGCAUUCCUUUGUCUAAAGGGGAGGCCAAAAUGAAAAAAUCAAGCCGAAUUUUUUGUGUUCGACAAGUGUACUUAACAAAACCUUGCCAACUAUUGAAUCUGGCGACGUGUAAGCCAGCCAUUUAUACUUUUUAUACAUCAGAUCUGAGGUAAACAGCACUAUGAGGCGGUGUUUUUAUAGUAAGCUUACAUACCGUGGACAGAAUGCGCUUUGUCACAAUUUUGCAGGACAAAUUGUGCUCAUUCAAUAAUCAGGACGAUCGAAGCACGCGCUUCCUUUAGUCAGGUCUCUUAAGGUCAGGAUCGUUACAGAGUUGACAAAAGCACCAAACCUUGUACAGAGAUAGCUUAUUGCAGUACCAUGAAUAUUAGAGGGGGUGCCCAAUGCAAAUAUGCCACUGAAGCGUGCUAAACAGGAUUUAAUUAUUGUAAAUUUCACCUGCUGGGGUCCCUGUGGUAUUUCUAUUGAAAAUAAAAUAAAUCACUCAGAAUACUCUUCUCAUGUUGUAAACAACAAUUUCACUUGAACAUCUGGCAAUCCCAUCCAUUAUUAGCUUAUUGAUUGCAAGUUGAUUAUUACUGUGCCCUUAAUUAAAGCAAGUCCACAGUCCGCCCACAUUUUCAUAAGUCAUUUCUAAGAUGAUGGCCUCGUCUUUGCUUCAUAACUUGCAAGUACUCAGCUUCUGGGGUUCUCUUCUCCUUUUCUAAUGUAUUUCAAUUAGAGCAGGCCUUAUUGUGUGGCUUAAGCCGUAUUUAUCAAGUAUUACUUGUCAGUACAUGUCACUUUAAACUAAAGAAAGCGUAUGACGUAGGGAUUCACACACAAAAUUUUAGAAAAAAAAGAAAUUGUCAAAGAGUCUGUUGUAUCACAUAUUAUCAGAAAUUUAUGAAGCUGUUCAUAAAGAGCAAAUAACGAAAUGACAGAACCCAAAAUAGUUUUUUCCUGAGGAGGUAAUUAAUUUUUCAGCUAAACAUAGGACGCACGUGCAUGUUUUGACAGAGAAUAAAGCAUUGUGGCUCAAGUCAUAUCAUUUACAAUUCCCGCAGUUUGUCUAAGCUUAACAAAGCAAAAACAAAAAAAAAGAAUCUGGUCUCAUAAACGAAAAAAAGAAACAAGUGAGCCCAAACUUCACAAAACAGCACAGUUCAUCAUGAAGCCUCUGCAUUUGGGACUGAAGCACUCAUGUCCAAAAAUAAUAACAGCUUAUCAAGUUGUAAAAGUGAGACUCGAGUGGUACAAGGUUGACUCAAAUGAUAAAUGGUGAAUGGUUUAACUGCUUAAACUGUAGAAAGGGGGCCGGACUAACUUUUAGGGCCUGUUUACAUGGAGGAAGGGGACCCCAGGUGGGCACGGUAACCCACUUAGGUGGGGUAACCCGCCUGUUCAUAUAAUCCCUCAUUUUAAUUUGAUCACGUUUACAUGAUAGGUGGGGUGACCCGUCAAGGUGGGUAGCCCGGUCUGCCACACCGGGUAACCCUCUCAGCUGAGGUCAAAUUUUGCCAUGUCAGCAUUUCAAGGUGAGGUAACCCAGGCUAGUCGGGGUCGGAUUCGUGAUACAUCAAAUUCGCGCAAAAUUCACUUUGGCGCCGGGUGGCUUCACAUAAUUAUUAAAGGUAACGAUAGAAAGCCACAAAACUGAAGGUUGCAGCAAGAGCAGCAAGUCAGCGUAGACGUGGUUUGCCAGCAUUUUUCUUGUUUACGUGCUUAGCGACCAGUCAAUAAUCUUGAAAAAGUGCACCGCAGGAUGGCGGGGUUGUAAGAUUGCAUGUAAAGGAGGGUUAUUUUUGUACCCCACCUAAGCAGGUUACUUCACCUACCUGGGGUCCCCCACCUUUAUGUUAACAGGCCCUAAGUCUCAAGAACCGUGAAACUGGUAAUAAACAGUUACCUAUCCCGGGACUAGCUGUAAUACUACUUCCAUCUUCAAAAACGUCAGCAUAGCAGCUAAAGGAGCCAUUUAAUCGGUGCAACACGAAUAGUAGAUUGCGAUUGUUUCAUGCGUCUCGUUUUGUGACUUUUUUUGUGUUCGUUUUUGUCACCAUCUUUAUAUUUCAAUCAUGUUCAAAACACCCCUACCAACCAAACUAUUUCGUAAAGCUCUUUAGAAUGAUAUUCAGCAAUAAAAACAAGGUGUGACCAGGAGCCAAUUUCUAGGCUCCUGCUGUGGCAACAUAGGCAUAAGUGAAUGCAAAGUUUUGCGGUAUGUAAUCGGUCAGAAAUCUGUUUGAGUGGUCAAAGUUGGGGUUGAUGGGCUUCUUUAUCAUAACCACUCCAUUUUUAUGAGGGACCAGGCGAUAAUUUUUGUUGACCCUUGCUUUUUUUGGUAUUUUCUGUAAUUUUCCACGGCAUUAUUUUUUGAAAAGUUGGUAUUCAACUGAAUUGCUCUUGAGGAAUUUAUGAUCGUAAGAUUUCGUAACCACGGGGUAUUUGCCUAAUUGCAGCAAACAAAUUACAUUCAUGUUCAUAAAUGAUGUAUCCUUGGUUGGCUUAAAGAAGCCUUGUUCCUGUAACUUUCAGCUCUUCUGAAGUUAGUUUGUUUAUGAAUUGUAACGCACGCGACGACCUUCCUUUUUUUGAAAGAUCGUAUAGACCUACCAUUAACACUCUGGUGCGAGGGCUCUGAAGUGAAUGAGCUCCUUACAGGUGUCUAGGCAUGCAGGGACCUCAUACACUUCUUUUUCAAUGCAAAUGUGUAAAAAAUAAAGAGUGUUAAAAAUUCCUAGAGAGGCAUGUUUUACAACCUCGUCCCCUGGGCUUAAUAGAAAGGUAGAAAAAGGUAAAGCGGCCAUAUCUUACGUCAAUAACUCAUGACAGUAAUAAUAACUGAUAAACUUGAGGUCGACGGUGCGCUGCUUUUACCUCCCUCUCUCCAUUAAUGCUCCUUUUUAAAGGUGUUUAAAGCUAGUCAAAGCUAGACAGAAAGGAGAGAAGUUGAAACACCGGGGAUCGAAUUCGGGACCUCGCACACCGAAGGCUGCGCACUAACCAACUGUGUCACUCUUGCUCCUCCUUUUCCCCCUGAGGACGAGGUUGACACGUUUUAAUCAUUAUCUCAAGGACAGGGUUACCAACGAAGCAAAUUAUAGUCUAAUCUUAGCUGUACAGUGGGCGCGUUGUCCGUGUGGAGACUGGGCACUAGUCAGUAUUAUGUACAUGUAAAACUAUUUUGAAUAGUGUAACAAUAACUAAACAUUACCAAAUUAAAAACUUAAAAAUUUGAAACAAAUGGUUUUUUAGCCAAAUCAAACAAGAAGAGUACUCACCACAGGGCACCCAAUCUGCUAUUACAGGAGAAAGUCACCCCCCCUUCCUUUUAUCUGUAAUUAGGACCAUUUGUAACGGGCACCCCCUCCAGUAUUAAUCGGCAGGUGCUAAGGAAGCUCUGUGCCAAAUUUGACACUUGCCACGUCUGUAACGAUUCGGCCUAUAUUUUGCACUAAGAGACCUGACUACUUUGAAAAACAGAUUGUAGAAUUGACCACAUCAGUAUAAAACAUUUCCAUGAUAAGAAUUCCAUAAUGUCGGGACUGUUCAGUCAAAAUAAUCUGCUCCUAUGUGUUAUGCAGGGCAAUAAUGUGCUUUCAUUAAAAAUUUUGUAAAAUUUCCGAAAUCACCUAUACAUUUAUUCGGUUCUUACUUUAGACAAGCGCCAAAUUUGCAGUGCAAGCUGGCGUGUUUGAACAACGUAAUAAAUAAUUUAUAAUUUUAAUUCUUCAUUUAAUGGUUUUAUUACGUGUAAUCGAGUGUCUUUAAAAGCGUUUGAUAUAGGCGGCAUUUUGAGUAGUCCUGCAAGCGAUGUUCAUGUUCGACUGAAAACAACCUACAAAGCGAUUUUAAAAAAAUUGCAAGAGACACUACUGACAAUCAAUAAAAGAAAUAAAAUUCGGUAAAACAAUUGCAGAGACAACAAUUUUCAUUCACAAAGACAAGUAUUGAGAUUAAAGUGUCUCUGAAAAUCCUGAGUCAUGUAUUAACUAAGCUUCAGCAUGUAAACAACGCAUAUUUUUGUUAUAAGCCGGCUUUCCAGUGUUUGCUAUUUUUCGAGAUGAACUCGAGGCAAGAAAAUAGCUCAAAGCUUUCUUUUUAAGGCCAAAGUUAUAAGUAGAUAUUACUCGGAACGUUUUCUUUCUAUUUUCGGUCAGAAAAUUUCUGAAGGCUUUUUAAAGUUCAAUGAGCUCGUCAAACCUGAUACUAGGUCAGAUCCUUUGUCUCAAAUCUUACAAACGUGCUUAGCCGCGUAAACUGCGCUCGACUUCAUGAAACCAGAAAAAAACUAAACAAAACAACAACAAAUCAUCAAAAAAAUAACUACUCAGGCUUACCAGUCGAGAUGCAGCUCCAGAAAGCUAUCAAGUAAGGCCAGAAUCGCUUGAUACUUUUCAACCCUCUUACGCAUCAAGCGAGGUGAACACGUUGCCAUCCGAAAUCGGAUUUCCAAUGACUUUCACAAGCGGCGCAUUUCUCAACCGAUAACCCAAUAAGCAAACCAGCCUUGAAAAACAGAAGAAUCUUGAAAGCAGCCGCUGUAUUUUAUUUUGUACAUCCAGUGAAAAAAGACAGUUAAAAACAUCACAAGAUGACACUAAACUCUGUCAGCUUCAGCUAUCAGUAAACAAGUUUCCAGAUGCUGCAUAAAUUUUCCGCAUGAACUUGCCAGUCUAAUUUUGACCAUUCAGAGCAUAAAAAUUGCACGUAGAGCGUGACCAACGCGUAACCAUGGUGAGUCAAAAGUAACUGCCUUCCAUAUCUGUAAAAACUGGCUCAAUUUUCGCGUCCGAGGUCAGUUUGAAAUCAAAAUGUUAUAAGUACAGCUCAUAAGCACAACUUGUUUCCUGUGCAUCUCAAAAGGAAAUGAACUUGAGCCUGUGAUCAUUUGAAAACUAGUAAUUUGUCAGCGGAUAACCUCAAAAAAUACUCGACCUCGAUGGGCCGAUACCUGAGCCCGCGGUACGGCCAGGUGGUUACUGGUCAGCGGAUACCCUGUUUUGACAGCUGUCAAUUGAUCACAACUUGGAUGUGCAUUAUCAGGUUGCACCAGGGAUCCCAAACUACCAUCUAUAGCUAGAAAGUGUGAGAUAAAACGUUGGUUUCUCCGUGGUGCGGACGGACAGAGGUGGUCGGUGUGCAGUCACGUGAUUACCAAAUUUUCUAGGAUGGAUAGAUUUUCUUAGCUAUGGGGCUCCGCCCACACGCGCGCGCGAAGGGCGGGCGUGGAGCUCCGCCGUUAAAAGGUGGGUGGUCUUGUGUAAGUUACUUCCAAAAUAUCAAAAUUUCGUUAAAGGCUAAACUUGCCAAAAAUGCUGAGGUUAACAAAUCGACAACAAAUUUCCAUCGUCUAUACUCUUAUCGAUCAUAAAAAUGACGUAAAAAUGUUCAAAACUCAAGUGGAACCACGAGGCGCAGGCGAGUGGUUUCACUGGCAAGUUUUAAUAUUUUGACGUCAUGUCUGUGGGCGAUAAGAGCAUAGACCAUGGAAAAUUGUUGUUGAUGUUUUUUUUCCACAACAGUGACAGUUUUUACGUCCAUACUCGUUGAAGUCCCGGGAAAUCGCGCGUACGAGAAAGAGAAGAAUUAAUUGCGCCACCAUCACGUCAUUUCCACAUGAUCGGUAUUCUUAUCGACCACAGCGCUCUACCAAUCAGCGCACCAGAAAUCUCCGUGUUAUAGUAAAAUAUCAUUUUCAAGAUUUUUCUCACUAAGAUCACAUCAGCGGACAGGCUCUUUUUUGAGGACAACGCACCACUUUUCACUCAAAAGUCGUACUUGUUAGAGACGAAUAAUUAAAACCUGGCCUUAUUCAACCCAUAAUUAUUUCCCCUAAACAACAAUGGCGGAUCCAGGGGAGGGGCCCGGGAAAAAAUUUUUUUGGAGACCGCCGCCUUAUCUCAGGGUCUGAAUCCGGCAAUGAACAACAAGUUAUCCUGACGACUCUAUCACAGCGAAACUGCUUUUAAUUAACCGUCGACGCGUUUACAGCGAGGACGUGUACGUCCUACCAGAUAGAUCCGGCAUACUAUGAUCGACUUAGAGUCUACAACCAAACCGUCUUUAGGGUGCUUGUUUUUGAUAAGUUUACGGUCAUUGUCCUUAAUUUAAAUUAAUUGUCUUUAUUUAUUUAUAUACUUUUUUGGAGGCAGCCAAAUGCUCAGGACGCUGGACUGACAAACAUUCCUAGGUCAAAUCCCGCUUGGACCACUAACUGGAGUAGCUGAUUCGCAAUCUCCGGUUUAACUUAUCCGACCAGGCUUGUAAAUUGCCGAUAGAUUUUUUUUGCAGAGGCAAGAGUAUGCAAUUUGGCUUUAUUUAACCUUGUGGUUAUUCAAUUUUUUGAAUAUUUGUCAGUUCAUUUCUGGCCUUUAAAAAUAGAAGCCUAUUUGCAUAAGAAUUUGGUUUGUACUAACUGCUAUGAGAGUAUACACUGUAUUUAUCUUUCACUUUCGAGGGUAAAUAAACUUCAAUGUCGUACAUUUGAAGCAUUUCUGGUCUUAUAUUCCUUUGAACACCUAGAUUAAGAGAAAGCACACGAGUUCUUUCCAAGUCGGCAUAUUGUAAUGGAGGAGACAACAACUUAGGACUGAUAGUAAUACCGAAAGACGCUGCUGCUCAAAGGUUUGCUGUAAAUGAUUCAAUAGUAGGAAGACCAAGCAAUCGCUUUAUUGCCAAGGUAUUCCCUUGCAUCUUACAGUGUUUUUUUUAUUUUUAUUGUUUAUUUUUAUUUUUUCCGGUGGUUACCAAUUUAAACAGAAUUUUUACGUUCCCUUCAGUGAUCAGAACGUCUAAGGCUUGCUCCAGGCUUGGGCGAAAAUAAGUUCUCUUCUUUGCGCCGUCCACGGAUCUGAACGCCUAGAACACGAUUUAACCCUUUUGUGCCUCUUAUUCGAAACUUUUGUUGUUUACACAUAUAUCCUCUUGGUAAGGGACUCAUUUCUCGAAAGUCCAGGUAACUUAUCAGGCCUAAAUUAAAGCCAUAAAUGAAAAUCGAAACGAGGGAUUCUUGGCGGAAUUUGCACUGAAAGUACCGUGGUGUAUCCCGAGAGGACCGUAAUUGAUGGUUUGUCCUCCCUCCCUGGGCGCCCUUGAAAGCCAUGAGUCCGCGGACGCAUAUAUUGUUAUAGGAACACAAUUUCUUCUUUUUUUUUUUUACUCAUUUCAACGAUAAGCUUUCUGAAGCCCAUGGAUAAGGGUCCAGGAAAGGUUGGACCAUGUUGUCUCCGCCCUGAAAUAUGUAACAAGACCACUAACUUCUUUUUGUUUUUAUACCGUAAUUUCCAAAAGAUCGCUUUUAACAGUAAUUACAACAGCUUGGUAAUAAAAAUGUGAAAAACACAACCUCUGAAAAUGGCAGACUUUGUAAGAACUACACAAAUGAAACGGUUAUCCAGUACUUUUUAGCGUUUCUCGAGCUUUAGAAACUUCUAGGCAAUAUUUGCUCCUUCGGACAGUUAUUAACAUUACUUAUAUACUAAUACUUAUAUAUUACGUAUGUAGGCUCCUUUUUCAGAAUGAUUUACGUCUUACUAUUCUGUGCGAUUCUAUAAAAGAACUUGAAAAAUGACUGAGGAAGCUAUAGUAAUUGGUAUAUGUAUCUUUAUUCAUCCUAGCAGGUUAUAAAAGUGACCUCGAGCGGGAACCUUUUCCUGGUGAAGGUUAUUUCUGCUAAUUUGAAUGAAAACGGAACAAUCAGCACGGUAGUGGAAUAAAAGAACUUGAAAAAUGACUUAGGAAGCUAUAUUAAUUGGAAUAUGUAUCUUUAUUCAUCCUCGCAGGUUAUAAAGGUGACCUCGAGCGGGAACCUUUUCCUGGUGGAGGUUAUUUCUGCUAAUUUGAAUGAAAACGGAACAAUCAGCACGGUAGUGGAAAUAGACAAACUACAAAAUUUCCACAGGCGGAAAAGACGUUCAACGGAUAGUUACCAGCUGUCGUUGGACGUUUUCAACACUGGUGAAAUAAAGCACGCGGUAAAGAAAUCCGUAACCUGAGAUCAGGCUCUAUUUUCGUUUCGCUGUUUAAAUAAUAUUCCGGCGGGCAAGGCGAAACGAAAACAGUCCAAUUUUAGCACGACCACGAAAGAGAGAAUGUAUGAGAACUGCUAAAAUUGGGCCUGGUCUCAGGUUAAGAAAUCCGAGCUAUUUAUAAUGUAUAGAUUUCGUAACCAGGGCUAAAAUCAGACCUUCUAUUAAAUGCCGCUUAAAACGAUUAACAUCUCGCAUUCGGAUUUACAUAGUUGAAUGGACAUACCGAUAGCUAAAAAAUCUUGCGUGAGUGCACGGAUGACUUCCUUAUCCAUCUGCUUAGCUCCACGUUCGCCCUUCGGCUCUCAAAUGUAAUAAAGGCGAUUUCUAGUAUUUCCUGUUAGCCAUUUUUCUGUUAACCUACAAAACAACCUGAAAUGGCACAGGAAAGAAAAAAAAAAACUUUGGAGGAAGAAGGGGAGGGGGAGGUGCGAAGAGGAGCGUUUGUUUUUCUUUCUCGUCUUUUCUAGUUGAUCCUAAAAGUGCUUUUACGCUAGUAUAGGUCAUCAGCCUCCAAAAACUGCAUUAAAGUAAGCUUUUGUCGGCAUUACACAGCUCGAAGUCUCCAGCAUGCCAGCUUUGUGUUUUGUGUAUUCCCAUUAACCGUAUUUCACUUUAUUCCCCAAUUCUAAUGGUUUUUACGGGAAAAUGAGGCCAUGAGAUUGACAUCGAAAUUAAAAUUUCAAUUAAUUACAUAAAAAAGAUGGUUUUUUUAAAAAGAAUUUCGAUCUAUUAUUUUUAGAAAACAUUUUAAACUUCGAUGUUGCUACAAUAAUGGCGGGAAAUUCGAAAAUAAAAGCACCAUAUUAUCGCAACUAAUCGAGCAUUUUAUAGCUAGAAGGAGGACUUGGCUCUAAAAUGGCUCAGAUUUAUUACAACUUAAUUUUACUUAGCUCUUCAAUGGUUCCUUUCGAACAGAUUAUGUCCAGUGCAUUAGCGACAGUUGAAGCACGUCUGACAGCAUCCCUUACGCUGACCGCUUUUGUGUCUAUUGAAAAGAGCUUUUGGGGAACACUCAAAGAGGCCACUAUUGGCUUAAAGUUAGAGGGGAAUGUGGAUUCUACUCUGGAAAUCAAGAUCAACAAAAAACUGAGGUUUGAUGUGUUUUCUUUAGGUUUUACUCUUAUUUAGUUACCGUAUUUAUUUGAUUUAACGCGACCGUCGAAUAAACGCCGCACCUAAUCGAAAGAAUGCGGCGUCUAUUCGAGGAUAGUAAGAAAAAACUGGGUACAACUUCGUAAUCUUCACCACCCAGACAAUUAGGAUUCUAUCACAGCAAAAUAAGAGGGACAAUGUAACCUUCAAACUACAUAAUAUUUACAAACGUUAUCAGGCCGUAACUGUUGUCAGUGAUUUAAGAAAAGUGAUUUCGAAGUAAACGCCGCCCUCGAAUAAACGCCGCAUCGGAAACGCUGAAAAUUUAAUAAACGCCGCUGCUUUUAAUCGAAUAAAUACGGUUUUAAGAAUUUGCUCUCGAAAAAGUCAAAAUGCAGGGAGGAAUGAAGAGAUAACACCAGAAAACACUAUGCAAAUUGCUAAUUUACCACCUUUUCUAAACUGGCUACUGAAGGAGUUUCAUUCGCUAAAAAAUUGACAGGUUUGAGUUACGCCACUGCCUUGUAUACAUUAGGAAGUCACUUGUUUUCCAAAGUUCGAGAGAGAUUGCAGUCAGGAUUCCUAACGGCAUAUUCGAGCAGAAAUAGGCUUUUGCAUUAGCGGAUCACGUGAUCAACUUUCCGUAAACACGAAAACAGUUCCCUUUUGACAGGUUUUGUUAGCACGAGCUGAAAGCGCAUAUUAAAAUUGGGUAACCUCAAAAGUAGCGAUUGCAACGGCCGCCGAAAUUUCGAAGGAUUUGUAUGGGAAAACAACUCUUGCCAACCAGCCACCCUUGAAUGGUUCUCCAUACAAAUCGUUACAAUAUUUCGAAAUUUUCAAACUGUCGUGAAAUAUUUCCUUAAACAUUACUUGGCUCAAAUCUCCUUUUUAUUCAUGACAGGCAAUUUGAGCCCUUAAAUGCGUGAGGGAAAAAGAUUUAACGAGAGAUUCAAAAUUUCGCGCUUUUUUCGCUAUCACAAAAGCACUUUUAAUUACGCCAAAGAACGCUACUGUAAUUAAAUGUAUUUAUUCUGAAUAAACUUGACUUACAGACCGGUUAUCUUGCACGUGCCAUUUUACCUUUCAAAUUUUGUAUUUAAGCUUAUGGUUCAAUCAAUUCCUAACACUCUUUGUUUGAGCUAACAUUCUCGACACCUAAUUGCCUUUGUUGUCGUUGUUGUUGUUUCGGUUUUUAAUUAAGCAUUGUCUAUUAUAUAUUUUGCAACAGACACUUGUUUUUUGACUUGAUAAUAACGUUAGUUGUUAAGCAAAAUCUCGUCGUCUUAUUAACUGUUUGUUUUUUUUAACUUUUUUGAUAUGAGGAACAUUUUAGCGUAAUCUUCUAGAUGCAGAUGUUUAACGGUUAUCUGUCUUCUUAUUGAUGAAUCAAAAUACCUAAUCAGCGCGCGACAAAUCACUCAGUUAUUGUUCGAAUCCCGUUGAAGCCCUGAUUUUUUUCAGGCUUCUUCUUUCCAAUUGCUUAAAUUGGAAAAUUCACUGCGAUGAUCAUUCUUCACUUUCAUCUACAACCGCAGUUCAAAUAUGAAUUAUUUCAUAUAAUUCACAUCAUUUCACUCCUCACGGGAGAUAUGAACUCAAUAAAUUGACCUCGCUCCCAAUGUGUGGCUUCAUAGCUCAGUUGGUAGAGCAACGCACCGGCAACGCGGAGGUCAUGGGUUCGAAUCCCGUUGAAGCCCUGAUUUUUUUUUUUUUUCAGGCUUCUUCUUUCCAAUUGCUUAAAUUGGAAAAUUCACUGCGAUGAUUAUUCUUCACUUUCAAUAAUAUACACGAAAAAAAUACUCAAUUCUGAUUGGCUGAGAAAGGAGUGCAGCUCUUCUGUAACACGAGUGCAAAAUGUGUAACACGAGUGCAAAUUACAAAUGUUUUCUGAUUGGCUGAAAACACAAAAGAAACCAACAAGAACCACUCAGAUUAGAGCUGUUUUAACAACAAAAAUUCAUGGCCAUGGUUUUCAGCAGACGACGACAGGAUUUAAUUUUGUAAGCAAAACAACAAUAGAAAAGUUAAAAAAUAUAUAAUCCAAAAACCCGAAAACAGUAAAAAGUACGUCUUUCUGGCUAAAUGUAUUGAAAAUGCGUUGCUAAGAGAAAAAUACUGUCAACAAAAUCGAGGAAAAUGAGGCAGAGAAACUAAAAAACAAGCUACUUAUAAGAGUCUACGCUAAAGUAAAAAAAUAAAGAACAAAAACGGUUGCAACCACACGCAAUCCAUGACAGCUACACUCUUCAGACAUUUAAAUGAACAAGGAUACAAUUCCAUGAUAACAACAGAGAUUUCAAGUCACGUACGUUAUUUGUUGCUCUCUUUGAGUCUUUUGUGGAGCGAAGACCUCUAUUAAAACAUCCAUGCGAUGGUCUGCAUUUUUUUUUUCUACCUCAGUAGCAAACGAAACCGAAAAUUUAAACAUCUGGUCCAAACUAAACCAAUGGGCGAAAAUACCAUAACUCACAUAAUGACAGUAGCCGCAGCUGGUACUAGCCUCAAAGAAAUUGAGAAAAAAGUUUACGAAUCAUUGUGCAAGAAAAACAACAGUCAGGAAGCUGAAGAAAGUAAAGUUGUAAGUUCAGAACAUAUCGUCAAUGUCACAGGCCACAGAGGUAAAAAUUUCCUUAACGACUACGAUGAAGCCGACGAAGAAGACGUACGAUGACUCUUGCAGUAUGCCAAAUGAAAUAAUGACAACUCCAGCGCUGAGAAAAAGCAAAUAUUAUAUUAAUACUGGUAGUUUCCGACAUCACAACAACUGUCGCUCCACUCACCCAUCGAUAGUAGCGUCGAAAGAAAACAAAUUGCCUCCUUCAUUUUCGGGUUUUAAAUCUCAAAAAUUUCUCCAUGAAUCCAGUUAUGAUGGGGUCUCAGGAACAGACAAUGAUGUACAGUCGUUAAAAAACCUUAGCAAGUGUCUUUCAUCUUUGCCUGCUCGAAGCGUUCUCCUGAUUUCAAAACGGCAGUAUAUUUCUUGGAAAGGCUUCUUGUAAACGCCGAGCUGUGAUAAUCGAGGAUGAAUUUAAAAACAUUUACUUUUGCUGAUUAUUGUAAAGCAAGUUAUCUUUAGCAGACUGGUGACCUUAUAAAAAAAAAUCCUUGCACAUUUCCAAGUUCUUAGAUGAAUGAUUUUGAAAGCGUUGGUCUUGAAAAAGUUUGAACUUGACAAAGGUACUAGUCUGUUUCAGCCAAUCAGUUGAAUGAACUAAAAACGCGCGCGGUGUCGAAAUUUGUUGUUGUAGUUAUGUUUUUCGUGUAUAUUAUUAAUAAGUAAUCACAUGAUUUUUCUCGUGCAAGUUGGAAUAAAUAAGCACUUGUGAAUUUUUCAAAGACCACAAAGUGCACUCGCCCUACGGGCUCGUGCACUAUUGUUGGUCUUUGAAAAAUUUACUCGUGCUUAUUUAUUCCAAAUGGCACUCGAAAUCAUGUGAUUACCGAAACAAAUAUAAAGACUUAAGCGAGAACGUAUAAGCAUUUUCUGCGAUUAAGGAAUCCUGUAUUCUCUGACAUGACAAGAAGGCUUUGGCGCCCAACGAUUACAAGGCUUAUUAAGCUAGAUUCUAAAUAAACGACAACACUCCCCUGUCCCCUCCCCCAAAAAAUCCGGGGCGCCUCUCAGCCAAGACGGAAUAUUCACGGACGAAAUUGUUGGACUGUGGGGGGAGACAUUUACUAGAAGAACCGGGGAGCUCCUGACACUUAAUCUAACCGAGCUUAUUUCAGAAGCAUAUAAAUAAUGUUCUUUCCAAUUGGUUAGACAUUGCUCUGACGGAUCAUUCCAUUCCAGUUAUUUGCCCUAAGGCAACACAUAUGAAGCUGUUUGGUUGACAAAGCUGUUACUCAUAUUUAUUGCUUCUUCAGCCAUACCGGAAGACUUGGACGAAAGUUUAAAAAGCAGCUUGGGGGAACUAAAUACAUUCGUUUUGGAGUGAUACCAAUACCUGCGGGUUUAUUCUUGGAAAUAACAGCUCACGGAACAGCUGAAGUGUCCGUAAGUUUAUACAAAGACAGACUGUAAUUGAUGCCUUUUGACUAAGGGACCUAGGCUAUUUCUUUCUUUUUCUUAUGUCUUCUUUUUACUGGACUCUUAGGACAUCCUAAGUUAAUUCGUUUUUUCCUUAGGGAAGUCUACACCAUUCGGUAUCAGCCAAUGGAAGAAUUGUACUAGGAGGUGAAUGCCGCUGGAGUACAAAGAGCUGUCAUAUAACUCACCGAACGGUCAGGAUUAUGAUAUAAUGCUUAGUGAAAAAGUCAGGAUCACCAAUCUAUACCGAAAAAGAAAUAGUUAAAACGAACACAAAGAUACUAAAUAAAUAUUCACUUAGAAACGUAACUGAAAGACUAACUAAACGUCAAAAUUUGGCCUAGCUGAUUAUCCUAAGUUGUAGCCAAGGUUUCUAACCAAAUGAAGUGGAAUUACUUGCUUCCAUCACCCUCCGAUCUUUGAUUAGUUGAAAAUAAAUGUAGUGAAUCACAUCUAAACUUCUCCAAAUUUAAAUUUCUCUUUCGUUAAAAAAAGAAAAAUACAAAGAAAGCUUGCUUUUAUAAAGCUAUCCUUACAUCAGUAGCGAGGUACUCCUGUCUUUACAAAGAAGAACUGCCAAGCUCGCCGAUGAUCAGCGGGGAAGUACUGUAAUUCUGUCUGUAUAAGGAGGAACUCCAAAACUCGCUGAGAAUUAUGAUUAAAAGGUUUCACUACUUUUUCUCAAUCUAUGUUUAAAACUGAAUUUAGAGUAUUCCGCUUGAAUAAAAAAGGAAAAAAAAUGGCUACUAAAGUUUAAAACUUCCUUAAAAGUAUCGCUCAGUAAGCCUUUUUAGUUUUGUAUAUUUUUAUUUAGUAUAUACUAAAACAGUGGAUAGUGUUUUUCGCGAGCUCUGAUUGGCUACUCAAUCAGUGAAUAUCCUGCACUAUUCACUGAUUCACCUCCAGUUCCUCCGAGCGAGCGACGCCAAACUCGCGUAGGUUGCGAGCAAAAUGCUUUCCCGGCUUGCUGCCGUAACAAACUAAGAAAUUUCACAGCAAAUCAAGCAAGCUAUUUCCGAAAUACAUGAAGAAGGUGACGAAGUUCGGUUUUUUAAUGACCACAGAGGAGCAAUGUAAACACUGUCGGGUUGAAAACGUGUGCUUUGAUUGUACGAUUUGUUAUUGUUUUUGUUUCUGUUCUUUGUUUUUUUUUUGUUUUGUUUUUUUUUCUCCGACGCAUAAAAUUAAAAGCAUCUUUCACAAUUUGGAUUGAAAGCCGGAAAGAUUGUUUUCACUGGAAAAUCAUCUCUGGCCGAUUUGAUAGGCUAUAACGCGUUUGAGUACGAAAGUUUAGAACAUAUUUUUUAAGUGAAUAUUUCUCCCUGUGUACAUCAUAAAUUAUAGUAAUUACUCAUCAUUGACUUAAAAGGUCAAACUAUGUUUUGAGAAAUAGUAGCAAAACACUGAAAAUUAAUUCAAAUAUUUAUCUUUAAGUUCUAGCAACAUUUUUCUGUCACGCUACUAUCUUGUGAUCGUAGCCUCCAUGUGAUAACCUUGUUAUAUGUGAUUGUGAUCUUUCAUGGGUAUGUGGAAUAUUGAUCCCCACAGAUCAGACUAAGUGCGGAUUGGAAUAAGCCGAAUCCCAAGCUCAAGACUGGAGCACAGUUACUUAUUACAGUAACGCCUACAAUUUCUAUCGAAAUGCCAGUAGCAUCCAACAGGAAAACCAAAUCAUCGAACACAAAUGUAUUCAAGAGGUUCGGUAAGAGCGUUUGACUUGUUUCUGAUUGGUAUCUGCAAACAGCUAGGGUCUUUUGCUAGUGAUACAGUUGGAGAAGUUAUCGUUAUUAAUUGUAGUUUUAAGUUGGGUGGGAAAGGGGGAAUUCAUUUAUCGGUGAACAAGACUCGAAGAAUUUAAAAAGAGGACAAAGCCAACAAGUCCGCAGAGAGCUGUCCGUUUAGAGAGUUCUCCUAAGGAAAGAUCCAUUCUCUCUCUCCCUGUUAUAUAUCCUAGUGUUAAACAGGCACUCAAGGCCGUUCAAAAGAAAGGCUCUCUUUCCCACACGAGCAAUAGCUAAAUCAUAGGAAAAUGUGAUGGUCCUUAUUUAUUUCAAAAUUCCAGAGCAGUUUAUUUCUUUCAGUCUCGCAAGGCUUUGUUUCCUCUAGUUUUCUCGUAAAUUUAAGUGAAUUACGUACAUCAAAAUAUACAACAGAACUAUUUGCAAGUCCAAGGAAACCUAACACAAUAUGGUCGGCCCUUUAAACCUUUUUACUAUACCUUUUGCAUUCCGGGGGUUCAUUCUGGUUGUCGAGCACCAUCUUCCCACUAUUUGUUUGUAGGCCUGAUAUUGUACUGGCCAUUGAUCGGCAAUGGGUCUCCAUGAUGAGCUCUCCCCCACCGCCCACACCCUUUGAAACCUUUAAAAAAGCGUACAUUUAAGGCAAUCAAAAACACUACAGGAAACAAAUAUACGUUUUUCACCGGCUGGGAGGUCCGUAUUAAUACGGACCGACCUAGGCCGGUGAAUAACAUUUCUGUUUUGUUUCCUACUGAGAUUUAAUUAUUUCAGGAAAGUUUUUCUUCAGCCUCCAACCAAUGUGUGUUGUAGUAGGAUGCGUUCGUGUUGAUAAAGCGCGCGAAGCCAAAACAAAGCAUUACUCAACAUGAUUUUUGACUUGAAAUUUAUAUUAUCACAAUUAAGCUCUCCUUAGAAUAAAGAAAGGCUUUUGUAUCUCGGUAGGAUAACAAGGAUAAAAGAAUUGACGAACUUGGUAUUAAAAGCCAUAUGAAAAAAAAAUACGGCAAAGAUUUUCAACGACUGAAUAUAAAUUACAUUAAGAUUAGCUCAAUCGAGCGGGAUGAAAACUGCACACAAGGGCUUUAUUAAAAGAGCUAAUUGCACAUACCAAUCUUAAGGUUUUGAGUUGAAUUUCAUUUAAAGAAGGCGAUGCGAUUAAUAAGUACAUAAACAAAGAAAUGAAAACGGCGAUAACCGACUGCUGGAAAAGUGAUUCGUGUUGUUUAUUCUAGUCUGAUUGAAAGCUAAAUGCAAUCAUUGACAACAACCUUUUCUAAAAAGAAGAAAACUAGCGAGGCAAAAUUCAAUGAAAAACGGCAGCAUCUAGAUUCAGACAGCAAAAAUGGAAAACAAAACUACAAACAGAGCAAAAAUGUCGAAUAAACGGUCCAAAAAGCAAAAUUGCAGUACUUCCGGCGUAGGUUAUAAAGCUAGUGAAGCGACAUCAAGAGCCGCCUGUUUUGCUCUACUUUAGCGGUUUUCCUAGCUGACUUGCUUGAUUCUCUCUUCAAAUUUCUUGUCUGAAUAAUAAAAUUCACUUUUCCCUAGCUAAUGCUGAUAAUAGCGCAAGUUUUAAAAGGAAAAUGGUUUCAAAAUCACGGUUUUUGCUCAAUCACAAACAACAAACAAACUUGUGAAUGAAGCUGCUGACGAUUCAGCCCGGGUUAGCUGGUGAGAUCGAAAAAAAAAACCGCUCUCGGAACCAAUCAGAUUGCAGGAUUUGGAGGAUUACACUCUCUCUCAAGCUUAGAAGAAAAUAAAAAUUUUUCAUGAAAAACGAUAGUAUUAAUCCGCAUCAUCUACCUCCGGGAUUAGAGCCUGCGCUUUGCUAACACAGUAAAUUCUGUUGUCUCUAGUGGAAAAUGCUGUGGACUUUGUGAACAUUGUGGACCUCUCUGUCCGGAUAUUUGCGAGCGCACCUCUUCAAGGAGGAAUUUCAAUAACUUAUCCAUCCAGUCAGUGCCAAGGAAGAACACCUGCUCAAAUCCAAGGCCUUUUUGGUAUUCCUGGCGUUGAUUUUGGUGUUUCAGUUUCAUUUGUUGGAAGAGAAUUUGUAUUAACAAAACGCCUGGAAUUUUCUUUAGUGAGAAGCCCCAGGUAGGUAAAGAUCAAGUAGACGAACAAAACACGUAUCAAUCUCAAAAUUUAUAACAAUGUACGUUAUAUGCAAAAUCAUCAUCAUCAAGAGUGAUAAAAAGUAAGCUUUGGAAAGUUCCCUAGCCAUUAAAACACUUAGAUCAAACAAAACGUUCUUCGAUUGAUUUGAUAUUUUUACUCGUGGAUGGGAGGUGAGUUGGUGUAUAGAUGCAAUUUCCCACAUUAUAUUUUUAUUACGUAAUAUAAUUAUUGCGUAAGUGGCUGUUUUAAUGGUCAUUUUGAGCUUGAGGGCGAGACUUUUUGGGGGACGCAAUUGGGUUUUUGAUUGGCUAUAACUAGGUUGGACAGGAAACUGGGUCAAACUUCUUUAGCCAGCGUUUGUGUAGUUAUGUCCGAUUAUAAGUAACUUUAACAAAAACUCGAAUAUUUUAUUAAAAAAGUAACAAGUAGCUCCCAUUAAAAAAAUAAUAAUAAUAAUCAUUUUGUGAUAAUGAUGGUGAAUCACCACGCAUAAGGAUUGGUACGAAAAAGUGUCGUGCACUCAAAUAAAUUUUAGGAAAAGUCGAAAAAGUUUAUGGGCAAUUAAGUUUAGUGCGAUAAACUCUGUAUCCCGUUUCUAGUAAACUUUCUUUACUUUGUUUGUUCGUACGGUUGUUUGUUGUCGUUCAGUCUAUUUCCGUUAUUUUCAAUCCAUCCCAAAGUUUGUUCCAGUUGUUUUAUUUUUCCCUUGUUAAUGUUCCCAUGACAAGCAAAAAAUAUGUUUUUAAUUGGCUUUAUUAUUUACUUUGGAAUUUCAGUACCUGCAUCUGCCCAGUUGGAAUAGAGAGGGUGAGUACAGAGUUAAUAACAAAUUAAAGCAUUUUUGUGCAACAAUUCUGACAAACGUGAGGCCUGACACAAAAUGCAAAACGACGCUCCAUGCAGCAGGGCUUCAAAUAACGGCCGGUCAACAGACAACGACCAGUCUAAAAAAGGCUUUGUCCGGUCAAAUCCUUGGGUAACCGGACAUUUAGUACGAUCUCUUACGUUUCUAAUGUAAUUCAGACCUUCACUUUUUUUAAAUACGAUUGGUCAAGAUUGGCCAUUAUUGACAUUCGUGAAGGAAAAAAGUAGGGGAAAAGCUAAGAGAGAGAAAAAGGCGACCAUAUGAAGAACUUUUAUAACGUAAACUGUUCAUAACACAGGGCCUCUGAUACUUCGGCGCGGAAAAAAGUCAAAUUUCGUGGGAUUUUCCGAGAAAAAUUUGUGGGAAAAACGAUCGAUUUCGCGAGAAUUUCGCGAAAAAAUUCGGGACAAAUUUCGCCGAAAACAAUCUUUAAAAAAAUCUAAUUUCGCGGAAAUUUUCUGGGCAAAUGUCUCUAGAAAGCGAUCAGUUUUGCGCUGAUUUCACGAACGUUUUUAUCGAAACAAAACGGAAAUUUUGCCCGUUGUUAUUGUUGUUGUUCUUUUUAGAGGGGGGAAUGGUGGGCGUUAGCCUGUGCAACAACAACAACAACAACAGGAACAUCGACUACUCAUAAAUGUUGCCUUUUUAAAACCGGCUAUUUUGUGCUCAAAACCCCCGCUUGCUUUGCGAUCUCUUUUGCACUUGGUAUUGUCUCGCACAAGAUUUUUUUUUUUUUUUUUUUUUUUUAAUCAGAGAUCAUCAUUUGCUCUUUUAACAACGAUGAGCUUAGAAAUGCGCCAAUGGCAAAGCUUUUUAUAUCAUGCACUGGCCACUGGCCAGUGUCCAGUUUUUCGCAAUAAUAAUCUAAGAACACCUGGUAGUUUUGGGUCUUUUUCUCGUUGCAGUGACGAAGUUUCAAAAUAAAUUUGCCAGUUUAUGGUAAAAACGGCCCCAUUAGCCGAGAUAAGUCUCAAAUAUAUCAAACUGGCAUGUAUUUGGAAAGAUUUCUACCAAAUUUCGCGGCUCUGCAACCGCACGAAAUUUCAGAAGCCCUGCGCGGCGGGGCGGUAACAGUGGUUUUUCAUUCUCCGGGAGUUGCGAGUUACAGUAAAAACUUAUCGCUUCGUCACCGCAAUUCAGGAGUAGGGUGUGUAGUGUUGUAAAGCAUUUUUAUAAUAGUUCGCAUGUAUUUUAAUGUUAAGUGCAAUCAGAUAAUGCUAAAUGAAAGACAUUUGUCCGGCCGAAAACGGGUUGUGUCCAGCAAAGAUAGUCUGAUCGGACAAAUUAACCGGCACCAGUGCUGCGUUGUUGCGCGAACGCGGUCGCUAAGCUUGAAUAUUCACGUCGCGUAUUAAACCUGGUCGUUUGCGGUCAUAUCGAAGCGUAAAGGUCAACAGUGGUUGUUGAUGAGCGAGCAAUUUUUGUGCAGUUGCGAUGGGUUUUGUGGAGCAAGCGAACCAGAAGCAGGAGCACACGUUCCCUGCAGAUAAGCCGAUGGUUAUUUGGAGCGGAUUCGUCGAUUAUUCUCGAAUUUAUAGCUCUUCGUGUGAAGGCGCGUGGAGAUGGUCUGUUUGUUUUGUAGCCAGCCUUUAAUUCUUCUUUAGUAGAUAGUACCUACAAUUGCACAACUCAACAAAAUGCCACUUAAACCGGCCAGGAAAGACAAGGAUACGUUCAGUUGAAGGUAUCUUAGCUUUGUUUUGUUAUAUUUUGACUUUUGGACUAUUUUAGUUCAUUGGAGUUUCGACGGCUUAUCGCAUUAAUUUGUCACGUGAAUAUUAAUAUAUUCAUUCAGUGGCACAUACUACGUCUGGGUCGCCUGUGCUGAGGCAGGAAUAACUGAACUGUUCGUGAAGGAGGAUUCGGCAGUUGCCACUGUUUGGGAAGUUUUAAUUGUCGCUCAAAAUCAACGACAAAUUUUUCUGCUGCUCUUUUGGCAAAGUGCUGUAAUUGUUAACGCUCUGAGCUGCAUGAUGUGUGUUGGAGGAACAUUGUUAUCGUCCAGUUUUUGCAUCAUUUGCUUUCGCGCGCUAUGGUUAGUUAGUCGUCGCUCGAAGCCAGCUUUUCCUUCCAUUGUUUUCAUUAACGAGGUAAGUUUAUUAACUCCAUCGGACUCGCCUUGAACUAGGAUUUACUGGAAUCUUUGCUGUGAUUUAUGCCGAGGUAGUACGGUGCUUCGACGCUCUGCAUUGAACUAGGUCUUUUCUCAGAGUAGAAUUUGUAGACAAAAACUGGGUCUUUUUCGGGUGGGCCGCUGUCCGGCUUAGCAAAAGCUUAAGGUUUAACUGGUCUAAUUUUCAACGCUUCUUGUUUUGGUUUGACGCUCACAAUAUUCUAAAUAUUCAGUCCGUCGGCAUCCCUCAGAAGUCUCACAUCUGACCAACACAUUUGAGACAUUUGACGAUGUUCAUCACAGCCUCUCAGUCCAAAAUGGAUUGAAUUCAUCAGCCAGACCGUGUUGAUUUAAGCCUCGGUACUCGAGAUUCCCAGUAUGUUACUCUCGUAAAGAACGCUUACUUCGUCAUCGCUGAUAGCCUCGGCUGCAAAUGGUCUGUUGCCCCUGCCUUCUUUUUUUUUAGGAGUUUGCAACGAGCAUCCAGCGCUUUCCUUGUUUGCUCAAACUUCUUGAUCUUCGACGAUGCUCUUUGAACACUUCACGUUUUUCAAUUGACGAUUGAAGCUCGCUAUAAACCCCCUGAGGCUUGACGGUUCAUAAUCGCCCCCAUCUUUUCUUUUCACAGUAACUAUAAACUCACUCAGAAAAUCAUUGAGUUCCUGUGGUUGUAUCUUCUAUUUUUCUGUUUUCUUGCUUGGAUUUUAGAAACUCGGAGAGCAAGCCAACAUCUCGUCUAGUUUGUUUUUCUGUUCCUCAAUAAAUUGGUUAACGGAUUUCUGCAAAGCUGGAAAGCUUUAAUAGUGUAGGUUGUUGAUGUUUUCAUUAUAAUAUAGUAAUUCUUCUCUGGCUUACAGGAAAUCAAAUGCUGAUAACCAGCUUGGAAGUAUGCUCUUCGUUGGUUAUUUAUCAUUUGAUAUCCAGCGCUCCCUCAUAGACUAAUAACAAAAGAUUAUCGUAACGUUGCUUUUGUCUUUGUUUUAUUUCGUAGGAAUGUGUGGGACCCACAGUUAGCGGACCGUCUCCAGGCACACCGCCUCCGGGCAGACCGUCUCCGGGUAGACCACCUCCGGGUAGACCCCCUCCGGGUAGACCACCUCCGGGUAGACCCCCUCCGGGUAGACCCCCUCCGGGUAGACCACCUCCGGGUAGACCACCUCCGGGUAGACCACCUCCGGGUAGACCACCUCCGGGUAGACCAUCUCCAGGCACACCGUCUCCGGGUAGACCAACUCCGGGUACACCAACUCCGGGUAGCUCAUCUCCGAGUACACCACCUCCACCAGUAUGGCCCCCGGAUCCGAUUGCGACCCCAAGCCCGGAUCCUGAGCCAGAAGCAAAACAGAAUAGGAGCAAAAAAAAGUACUCUCCUUUGACUUUUUUUGGUAAUUUGUGUCUAACCGUCUUCAAUAAUCCUCUUCUUUAGUUUAUACUUAUCGUGCGUUUUUAAUGUAGUAUAUUCCUAUUGUAUUCUUGGGUUGCACGUGACGUCACCAAAAAUCAAACUAAGAAACUAGCGAUUCUUCUGAGUUUCUACUUUCACGAGGUAUUACAGUACCUAAACACCUUUACAUAAACAAAUUUUUGGUUCGAAAGGGUUCUUCGUUUUGCAAGAGAGGACGCUUGAAUUUCCAGGCUUUUGCGUGACGCAAAAAACAGGAUAUCUGCUGACCAGUGUCACAUGAGCGAUCGCAGGCAUGAGUGUCACAUGAGCGAUCGCAUGAGCGAUCGCUCGUCCAGUUCACGUGUUUUUUUUUGUUGAAGUUUUCCACUGACCAGUUUUUAGCAUUUAAUUGAUCGCGGACUCAAGUUUAUGUUUUUCAGUCAAAUGGUUUUCCCGUAAAGUUAGGUAUAGAUUUGUGGUAUUUUCAAUAGUUCAAAGUCCAUUGUCUGCAGUAAAUUUAAAAUGCGUAAGCGGGAGCUUCGCUUUUAGCUCUGGCUAAAUCUAUUUAGUACAUACUAAAACAGUGGAUAGUGUUUUUCUCGCGCUCUGGUUGGCUACUCUACCUCCGGAUAUCCAGUAUUAGUAUUUACCAAAUCAGUGGAUAGCAACUUUCGCGCGUUCUGAUUGGCUUCUGUAACUCGGAAUAUCCUUGGAUAUUCACUGUUCUGGGACAUUAUUCAAAAUGGCUUCUAGUUUCGCGACAGUUUCGCGAGAUAAAAUUUUAGCGGUAAUGAAGCAGCUGCAUCAGCAAACAGCUAGAAAGAGACAAAAUUUGGCAUGUCGGUGUUUACAGGUCGGUGGAAAAAAAAUUUCUUGCUGAAGUUGCAACAAAAUCUUAAAAAAUGAUCUCCGAAACACUGUCAACUAAGUAACGUCUUUAAUUACAAAAAGUUCUUUUUUUAAUUGUUUUUUAUCCAACUGAUUUGGUUAAUACUAAAAACAACUAUCCCGCUCAGGAUCGUUUCAUAACGCUACAUAAAUAAAUACCUCGUCGGCGCUUCGCAUCUCGGUAUAAUAUGCCCCACCACUAUUCACCUCCCCAUCGGGGGAUAGUUGAAAACUAUUCACUGAUUCACCUCCAGUCCCUCCGAGCGAGCGACGCCAAACUCGCGUAAAGUUACGAGCAAAAUGACUUCCCGGUUUGCUACCGUAACAAACAAAGAAAUUUCACAAAUAAUCAAACAAGCUGUUCCCGAAAUACACGAAGAAGGUGACGAAGUUCGGUUUGGAAGUUUUAACAGGUAAAGCUUUGUCUUUUUGACUUGAAUUUGUCUAUGAAACCUGUGAAAAGGUUUUUUAUUUACAAAUGCAAAUUAAAAAUGUUCAUAAAUAAGCUUAAAACUAAAUUUAAUAGUCUUUUUUACAGAAUGAUUUUAGAUACAAAAAGAAUUUAUAACUCCUUUCGAAGAAAUUUCCCCGCAAUAGCUAAACAAAUGCCUUCAAAAGUUUUAUUGGUCGGCAAGAAAACGCCACGACCGCGGCCGUUCGGUCAUUGCGCGCCAGAAUUGCAAUCGCUGGCAACGGUAAAUGAGUUAAAAAUCAUCAUUUUUGAGUUCAAUUAUCUCACUGUUUUAGUACAUGCUAAAACUAUCAUUCACUCAGUGUCCGCUGAGGACACCACUAGCCACCUCCACUUCGGUGAAUAAUUGUUAUAUAAUAUUAAUUGCUGUUAGCUAUUGGAGUAAGGGACUGGUCAAAAAGUAUAGGGGGGUGGUGGGCCGGAGCAUUUGGAAAUGUGGUUGAUAAAAAACACAUGACCCACCCCCUCCCUUCGGCACAAAAAUGACUGACCCACCCCUAAAGCAAGGUUGGAAAUUGCAUGACCCACCCCCUAGUUAAAACAUGGAUGUUUGGUUUCCUCUAAGGCCAUCCCCUUUUUUCUCUUCGUUUACCGUCGAAUGCGUUUCCUGAUAUUGGGUCGGUCGGUCGGAUUGAAAAAAAAAACUUUAAAAAAAAACCACAAGAAGUCUCAGAAUAGUAGGCCCUGGUACCCCAGGACAACGUUAAAAGUUAACAUUCACAUAUUUGGAUUAACAAAAUGUAAAAUAUACUGUGAAAAAUGUUCAUGUUUGUGUUCUUGUUUUUCUCUGUGCUGUUACUAUGCUCAUUUUUCAGAUUAAAAGAAUUAUUUCAAGUGAAAAAUGGUGUAACUAUGUCGUUACUUUUUUUUUAAAAAAAUGCCAAAAAUUUGGGUCGGUCGGACGAUCGUAAACGGAGAAUAAAAAGAGGAUGGCCCAACCUUGUUCUGUGCUUGACAAAAUUUUUUGAUACACUGCUACAACCAAUAUCAAAAUCACAGAAAUCAUACCUUUCACUGAAAAGGCAAAUGUGAAAAACCGAACAUUUCUUGUUUCGAUGGACGUUACGAGUCUUGACACAAAUAUACAGCAAAACUAGGGUAUAUUGAAAUUGUCUGUCACAACGCAUAUAAAAAUUUCUACAAAGAUAACCCAUUCCUACACAUUACUUGCCGGAAAUUCUUAGAUUAAUCCUCAAAGAAAAUUUCUUCCACUUCAAUGGAAAGCACUACCUACAAAACCAUGGAACUGUAAUGGGCACAAAGACAGCAGUUUUGAUUCCUUUGCCAAUAUUUUCAUGACAUAUAUUGAAACAACAACUCUAAGCGAAACUGUCUUUAGAACAACAGUUUGGAACUGCUACAUACACGAUAUCUUUUCCCUAUGGGACAUGAGUAAACCAGACAUCGAAGCCUUCAUUGAACAAGCAAACUGACAUCACCCAACUAUUAAAUUCAUGGCCGAAACAUUUGACACUGAGAUGCAGCGUUUUUAGGCACAGUUGUAUACAAAGGCACAAGAUUCAAGAAAAAAUCUAUCCUUGAUGCAAAGACACAUUUUAAACAAACGGAAACCUUCUUGCACACACAUUUCACCUCGUUUCACCCUCCAAGUGUUAAAAAAGGAUUUGUCAAAGGAGAAGCCUUGAGAAUCCUACGAAAAAACUCCUCAGAAACAACCUUUGAGGAAAAUAAUAAUUAAUAAUAAUAAUUAAAAAUUUAUAACGCACCUUUUCCAUGCAAAUAUGAUCAAAAGCGCGUGAAAAAAAUAAUUCAAAAAACGCUUGAUGGAUGGAGGCUACCCACAAACUUUGAGAGAAGACCUACUAUUAGAAAUAAAAUUCACAAAAACGAGUCUAAACUCCUAAAACAAAACCUACAAGGAGGAAAAAGAUUUAUUGCCAUUUGUGACACAAUACCAACCCUCAGUGUCUACAAUAAAUGAAGCUUGAAUAAUAAAAAUGGAAUCUUAUACAAAACCAAGCAUAACUUUAAUAAAUUUUUAAAGAACCAACAAUCAUGUCCUUACAAAAAAGGAAAAUCAUUAAAGGACAUGCUCGUUAGAGCCAAAAAAAAAAGGUUAACAAAGGGUUCACGGGAUGAGCGGCCUGUCACCCGUUGCAUUUUCUCGCACCACAGGUUUGUGAGUAUUUUAGCAAUAAUUCCAGCUGGCUGUGUUUUAUAUAACAAGUGUGGUCAACUGUCUCGUUAGUAGUUAGUGCUUGUCUAUGUAAUAAAAUAGGGUGACCCACCCCCUAAGGUUAGCCGCAAAUUGCACGACCCACCCCUUGCACAAGGCUCAAAACCUCAUGACCCACCCCCUCUCUGCUCCGGCCCACCCCCCCCCUAUACUUUUUGACCAGUCCCUAAGUAAAAUUACGUAAAUUAAAAAGUGUAACAGUUACUGCAGAGUAAGAGUAUAACUAACAAAAACAAAUUUUCAUUGUGUUUAAAUUUCCAGUAAUGGUAAAAUCCCUGGACCAGAAUGCGGACGAGAACAUGUCUGUGCUGGGAACAGAACAGGGCCAAACUGUACACAGCCUGACAUGUGGCCUAAUCAAAGUAUGUAGAGGAAAGUCCAAGUAUUAGAUCUCAUACUGUUAUAACUUUUUAAACUUCUUGUUUUGCAACGCAUUAGUUGAUAUGCAGCCUCAUUUAGUGAUAUGUCUGCCCAAUUUCGAAAAGAGCAAAGUCAGAGAAACUGCUCGGGCAGACAAUCCGAGAAAUCAAUCGGAAUUUAUCCUUUGGUAAUCGCCAGCUACAAUCAUGGACAAAAGUCUUUGGACACUUUUGCAAUUGUGGGGAUUUUUUUCAAUUCACACAUGACCUACCCCUCCCCCACCCUACAAACAACGUUGUACGAAUGUAUCCAGAAUUUUUUUUCUAGUUUUAACAUUGUGUAGGGUGCGCGAAGACAGAAUUUCAAUAAAAUUUCGAAAAGGAUGCGCUGUAUUUUUUAUUAGGGUAACGAGAAAUUACAGAAAACAAUACACUGUGGGAGCGUAUAUUUGGUUGUCGAUGUACUAGGCGUGUGUGAAGUUUUUUUAAUGUGUAUUUAAUAGGAAUGAGAUAGUAGUGCAAUAGCGUUGUAUGUUUUAGGGGUUGGUAGAAAUGCGUGAAGUGGAAGGCGUGGAGUUAUAUUGUGCGUGAAUUGGUACGAUAUACAAUGGCUGUAGUUUUUUAAUCAGUGAAAAUCGUUUCUCGUAGAAUUUAAUAUAAAGUAACAAAAAAAAUUAUUUUAGGAGGUAAAAGUGAGUUUAGGUGUUGCAGUGAGGUAGUUGUGGACGGGCUAAUAUGGUUAUGAAGGGAUAACGUAGUUACAGUCUGUUGAAAUGAAGUGGUGGUUGUGAAAAGUCUUGUCAAUAGUCGAAAACAUGCUUGUACUUAUUUUAAACGUUGUUAGGCUUUCUGUUUGGGAUUGUUUUUCGCUUAUUUUGGAUAAUAUUUGUACAUGAAUAAAGCGAAAGUUUCAUUUAUUAUUGAGAAGCGGGUAUGAAGAUGUUGAGAAGAAGGAGGGGGGGUGGGGGUGGGCUAGCUCGCUUUGCAGAGAUUCCGGCACCUUAGUGAAACGCAACAAAAAUCAACUUUGCCAUUAAAUGUCAACCGAUCCAGGCCGGUUAGCUGGAAUCCCAGUAUUGUGAUGCAGGAAUCCCGGGUGGCAACUUUCCAAGUAAUCACGUUUGCCGGGCGGCCCGGCGAAUGAACCUAGCGUGAAACAGGACAGCGGGUAACAUACUGUUCAUGCGCAUUUCUUCCCCGGCUCAUGUGAUCAGUCCCUUACUGAAAGUUGUAUUGUCACGCAGUUUCCACGUGAAAGCUUUGGAAUUUGCCGCUUUCGUGGUUCGUGUAUGAGAGAACACGACUUAAUCUAAUUAACCCAAGAGUUUUGAAUAGAUCGCGGUUUGCACGUAAAAAUGUUGGACUCUGCCCCUUUUACUGUUCGACCGUGAAAGAAUACAACUUGUUUACGGCGUCAUUUUGCUCAGUAAGAUUUUAAGAAAUCACCUCCUUUCCGAAAAUAUGCAAUGAAAUUAUGCAUCAUUCAGUGUUACCCUUAAUUAACUCAUGCACGAGAUCAUGGAAUUUUGCGUGACAUCUUCUUUGGCGCUCGACAACUGAGAGCAAAAAUAUUGCCGAACUCUUGGCAAUAAGCCAAACCAUUCACACCGUGCGCUGCGAGGACGAUUAUUUUCCAAAGGGAAAAUUUGAAUUUAAAUUAUUUAAAUUACCUAUUACCGAUGUGUUUGCCUUGCGUUACCUGUGUUUCCCGCGCGGCACACAUUCCCGUCGCUUGGCUUGUUUACGCUCGCACUUAUUGCGUGCCUAUUGCAACUUUAAAUCAAAACAAGGGAACUCGAUUACUCCAUUUGGGCGACGCCCAAAUGAUUAUGAAUACUGCAUCACUGGCCCAAGGACUUUUGUCCAGGAUUGAAGUUAGUAGCGAAAAAAACGCAUUUUUAGUCAAAUCCUCCUUGUUGGGCUGGUUUUCAUCCAGUUAGCAUAAGCAUUGCUAAGAAUGAGACUUGGAACUCAAGGGGCAUAUUUUCCUGCUAACUGGAUGCAAUUAAUCUACAUUCACAUGCUAAGGGCUAUUGCGAUCUUUCUCUUUAACGGUAAAACUGAAAGUUAAAUGUAUUCAGAUAGGAAAAUGUGCGUCGUUCCAUAUGGAACGAAAACGACCAAUGAGCGGGCGUCACAGGGUUAAGAGCAAAAAGUAAUCAAGAAAAAACAAAACAUUUUUAACUGAUACUUUAAAAAAAAUAAUAAGACAGCACAUAGUAAGUUGUCACUUUUCCUCUAUCAAAAAUGUUAGACUGAUGGUCAAGAAAGGAUUGCCUUAUUUUAGUCAAUCCAUCCCUGGGCAGUACCUAACAGUGGUCAAGCAUGAAAAUUUGUAAAGCUAAGCUAAAUAAUUCAAAUCUAAGAUUGUCAGUUUCACCGUUCAAGUUUAAUAUUAAUAUUACCUGUACGCUGUUGGCUCACUUAAUUUUUUGAAAUACGGCUCUUAAUUUUAUAUAAAAUAUGUUAUAUUAAAGAAAGUUAAAGUCGCCUGAGCCGAUUGACCUUGAUGAUAAAUGAAUGCUCAUCAUCUUUAUGAAUUAGACUGACAUAACUAACUUAUAGGGCACAAAACAGACUGUGGCCUGUUUGCCAUUUAAUCAAUUUAACCUUCUAAGAGUUGUAGUACCGCAAUUUAUAAAGCAAUUAGUCGCACAAUAAAUAUCCGCAUACCCUGCCACUUGCAAUUGUGCUUUUAUAGAGUUUUGAUUCUGUGACGGGCGGGGUAAGAUUGGUUCGAGUGAUCGUCACAGAGGUAGUUCGCCUGUCUGGAAAUUCAAUGCAUGGUCGAUGCUAUUGGUUUGUGUAUGUGCUUUUUCUACUCUUUUUCUGUUUUUCUUAUGUCAAACUGACAACUUAUUAAGUAACGUUUAUCAUUUUUAGAUUGCUCCGGUAAUGGAAAACCUGCCAUUGCUCCAAACUGCAGCGCCAAAUGUGAGUGUUUUGGAGGAUGGGAAGGUCAAUACUGUGAAAGAAUAUCUGCAAGAAGUGGCGGCGACCCACACUUGGAAACAUUAGAUGGUAAGCACAUCCUUUGUUUUACAAUAACUGAGCGAAUCCUCGCGCGCUGAUUGGUCGAGAGCUAUGGUCUAUGAGAGUGUAGACCAUGGAAAAUUGUGGUCGACUUGUUAAUUAUCACAGCGCUCUCUCAAGUUUGGGUGACACAUUCUUAAAUGUAAACAUUAUUUAAGCAAUAGAAAACGUUUUCCGUGUGUGCAUAGCCUGAUAUAAACAUGAGAAGGGUUGGGAGAAUUCGAGACAGUUAUGAAAAACCCGAGACGAAGUCGAGGGUUUACAUAACCGUCGAGAAUUCUCCCAACGCCUCGAGUGUUUAUAUCAGGCUAUGCAAACACAGGAAAAAAGUUUUCUAUUGCUUUUAUAAAGUAACGUUCCCGAGAAAAAAACGCAAAACUCUUUGUAUGGCACUGAUUAAAAGAUAAAUUCUUACCAGUCGCAAAAUCUUGUCCACGAAGUCUUGCACGCGUAAUCAGUUCUUGUUUUGCAAAAAGCUGUUUUGCAAAAUACGGAUUUUUCUCGCUUAAAAUGUCAGCUUAAGCGAAGAAAAAUUGACUGGUUUUGAACUCGAAAACUUUUUCAAAUUCGUGCCUGCGUGAUUAGCACGUGAAAAGCCAAACAACUUGACGCCACAACCAUGUUUACAUACUCUCAUGCAAACACUCCUCUCGGCCAAUCAGAGCGCGCGUACUAUUUUAGUUAUUUUAUAGAAUUAAUUGCAUUUCAUCUUCUUUAGGUGUAAAUUUCGACUUUUUUGGUAUUGGGGAAUUCUGGGGCUGUAAAAGCCUACGUAAUGACUUUGGACUCCAGUAUCGUUUCUUCUACUACGAGCGAGCCUCGCUAAUAGGAGGAGUUGCACUAAAAGCUGGCCACAGCCUAUUAACAGUCAUGACGAUCAAAACCGACAGACCUCGUGAUUCUCCCAUCGUUAGGUAUGUUACUAACAUAACACAAACGAGAUGACUGUUAAGUAUUGAUAGCGUAUUUUGUUUUGCUUUGUUUUGCCUUGUUUUUUGUUUGUUUGUUUGUUUUACAGCAAUAUUCUAGAGGAUUCAAUGUCCGAUGAAAUAUUUUUCAGCACUAAAAACUUUGCAAGCUGCUAAUGUCACUGUAUGGUGCUUCCUUGUUGUUAAACAGAGUGGAUGGAAUCCUAAUAAAUGUCACGGAUAACUCAUCACGACCUAUUGAGAUAAACAACGGCUCGGUUUUGCUUGAUCGUCAAGUACGUUUCACAUUUGAAGAAGAAGAGAACAGCGUUGUUCUCAUCUCGCUGGAAUACGAAUCAGGCAAGUAUUCUCGGGAAUCAUUUCCUAACUUCAGACUUGCAUUUAAAAAUGUAUUGAUGAGAGUGGAAUCGAGGAUGUCAUGUUGAAAUCGUUAGCAUACCGUGGAACAUACUGUUCAACCUAAUUGUUUGAAACAAUGGUAAUUUGAUCCCAAUUAUACCCGUAAGAAAUUCCGUCCUUGGGAGGUCCGUGAUGCAACCAAGGAAUAUGGAGCUUGUAAGCAUGCAACCACCACGGCGACGGCAGCGCUAGAAAAGGUCACUGAAAAAGUGAGAUCGUGCUGUUUCAAUCUUCAUCGCCAUAAUUCCACCUCAUUCAAAUUGUCAAAUAUUGGCCAGUUGUCCUAGUGUGGAAUUCAUAAGGCAGUAUCGAAGCUCAAAAAAUUAAAAAACAGCGAAAAUCUUCGUGUCGUGUUUACGUCCCUGGUAAAACGUAGAAAAAGAAAGUUUAACGUCCUAUUCGUGUGCACAGUGACGGCAAAUUAAAGAUAUGUAGCAAAAAGCGUGAUGCCCAUGGAGAAUGGUUGCUUUGCCUAAUAAAUCCAUUGCCUUUUUUGACGCUAUUUUUUGCCGUCACCGUCAUCGUCACACACGAGGAGCCGCAUGCAGUUAAAUUUCUGUCCCGUAAUUUAAUCAGUUAAAACAUCAAAGUUGACAGGUCUUUCUGAUGAUCAAAGCGACCGUUCGGUUUACCAUUUACACCUUCAGUGCGAAGACUGUCACGGGAACAUUAACACCUUCAGGAUAAUUGCUUACCAUAACAGUGGUAGGUCGCGCGCGUCUGGUCGGUUUCGAAGAACGUGAUCGUGACUGUUGUUUUCAUUCAGUGACUGUGCGCGUUGAUAUGCCAACGUUUAAAACAGACUGCAACAUUAAAUUUUUGUUAUAGAAGCAAAGAAGCUGCUGAGUAGAAACUAAACCGUCCCAGACUUAUUCCGUUUCAUUCGUGUACUUUCAUUUUGAUGGGGUCUGUAUGAUGAAUUUACCUCUGCCUUCUAAUCAGGCACGUAAACAACAUAGAGAUAAAACAUUUCAUUUUGCUUUUGUGGAGUAAAUUCAUCUUAAAAAAGUUAAACUAGUGGACCACUUUCUCCGCGUACUUGUAAAAAUAGCCAUUUAAUAUGUCGCGCUAGAGUGCGAAAAUCUUCUUGUCGUGGAUUAGAUUUCAGUAUACAUAUUGUUAAUCUUCAUUUCGCGCCAGAAUAAAUUAGUUUGCGCGCAAAGGGCUUCUAAAAAAAAUCACAAGGUUUGUCCCACUUCGAGUCCACCUUCUGGAGAUACGCUGGCAUGAUAGCUGGAAUACAUUGCCGAGGCGAAGAUCUGGCAGUUUUUCCUCCUUGUCUUUUUUUCCCCGCGACGUUUGUUUAUAUUUGUAGUGAGAAUGCCGUGCAUAUCGGUGGAUUUUACUUCAGCCAAGUGGUUUCAGUUCCUGCGGCUUGCUACUCAUCAUAAAGAAGAGUGCCGGAAUCGCUUUGUUCGCCUUAAACAGAUUUGUUGUCGAAUGCAAGGUAAAAGAACGGACUACUGUAAGGUAAGAAUUGAAGUUUAAAUUUGUUUCUCGGCGAAAAAUAGUGCAUACAACUCGUGAAACCCGUGAGUAUUACCUCCGUUUAAUAUACCGGGUGUCAUGCGAUGACCCCUCGCUUUUACGAUGGAUAAGACAGAUACAAACAAUAAUUUCUUUCGCAACGUUUAGUAUAAUUUACUUAAUAUGGAGAUCAUCUGGGGACGAUUUUUCGUUAUAUAUGCUUCAUUUCUUGACUCAUUCCGGCUACGUGCGAAAAAUUAGAUGACAAUGUUUGUGUGCUAUAAUUAUACUGAUAAUUUCUUGCACCUUGAAACUCAUGAAAGCCAAACUUGUUUAACCCUAUCAAAAACCUCUUUUAAUAGAGGAAUUCAACCUGAUAGUUGCACUAAAAUCUAAUAAUUGUUACUGCAUUUGCAUGCUCUCUGUAACCUCGUGGGUAGAACAUACCCGAUGGUUACAUUAAUAAUAAUCAGUGGAUUUGCUCUCUGUAACCUCGUGGGUAGAACAUACCUGACGGUUACGUUAAUAAUAAUCAUUGCAUUUUCUCUUUGUAGCCUCGUGGGUAGAACAUACCUGAUAAUUACAUUAAUAAUAAUCACUGCAUUUGCUCUCUGUAACCUCGUGGGUAGAACAUACCUGAAGGUUACGUUAAUAAUAAUCAUUGCAUUUUCUCUUUGUAACCUCGUGGGUAGAACAUACCUGAUGGUUACAUUAAUAAUAAUCACUGCAUUUGCUCUCUGUAACCUCGUGGGUAGAACAUACCUGAAGGUUACCUUAAUAAUAAUCAUUGCAUUUUCUCUCCGUAACCUCGUGGGUAGAAUAUACCUGACGGUUACAUUUAAUAAUAAUCACUGCAUUUGCUCUCUGUAACCUCGUGGGUAGAACAUACCUGAAGGUUACCUUAAUAAUAAUCAUUGCAUUUUCUCUUUGUAACCUCGUGGGUAGAACAUACCUGAUGGUUACAUUAAUAAUAAUCACUGCAUUUGCUCUCUGUAACCUCGUGGGUAGAACAUACCUGAAGGUUACCUUAAUAAUAAUCAUUGCAUUUUCUCUUUGUAACCUCGUGGGUAGAAUAUACCUGACGGUUACAUUUAAUAAUAAUCACUGCAUUUGCUCUCUGUAACCUCGUGGGUAGAACAUACCUGAAGGAUACGUUAAUAAUAAUCAUUGCAUUUUCUCUUUGUAACCUCGUGGGUAGAACAUACCUGAUGGUUACAUUUAAUAAUAAUCACUGCAUUUGCUCUCUGUAACCUCGUGGGUAGAACAUACCUGAUGGUUACAUUAAUAAUAAUCAUUGCAUUUUCUCUUUGUAACCUCGUGGGAAAAAAAAAUUAAUGCCUCUCCCCUAGAAAUUUUGCUCCGUCCUUUGAGCAUAGUGAUCUUUGGGUAGCGAAUUCACGAAAACAGGUUAAACGCUUUUUUUAACAAUAGCAUUUAUAUUAUUUGGCUUUUUGAGGGAGGUUAAAUAUUAAUGGAAUAGAAUAUAAAAAAAGCUUAUAAAGCGGAAAAAGUUAUCUUUACAAAAUGCGCUUUGACAAUGUCAAGAGUGAAAUAAGCUGAAGUUUUGUAGUUAGCCCGAAGAAAACCUGUUCCUGCAUGAAAAGCAGUUCUGAUUCCCUUCUCUUAACUAGAAGAGAUGCAUAUCCCCGUGAACCAGUUUUUUAACCAGGAGCGAUUCCCACUCACUUCUGAUACUUUAUUUACACGAGUUCCUAUUUCAAUAUACGUCUAAUUCAAGCUUAGCCGCGUGAUAGCUCUUCAUUAGCGAAAAGGUCCAAGUGAUGUUUUGAUUGACGUGUUGUUUUGGAUCCUGAGGUUUUUUAACACCUUUUCUCUAGCUUAACUGGCGAAGAUAUUCUAGGAAUUUGCCCUUCAAUUCCAAAUUCUUUGAUGUACCGCCAGAUGCCGUGCAAAAAUAUCACCCCUUGCGGCUCCUCGUGUAGUUGAAACAGACACCGUUUGUGUUGAAUUUUCUCGAAAAUUUCUUACAUUCACUCUUCGCACUUUUGUUCUUUUGUGCCCCUCUCCUUCCCCAAUGUUGAGCCACGCGUAUUUUGGAGCACUCUGAGACCGUGACUGUAAUACCCAAAUCAACAUUGGAGAAGGGGAAACGCACACAAGUGUUUCAAGAUUUUUGACGAGUAUUGCGCGAGGUAGACGUUCAAUUAAACCCAAAACGUCCCGCUCAGUUUUUAUUGUACACCUCAAUUAUUUUUUUAGGUGUCACGGUUACCAUUGAUGUUAAACACAGCCGCACUAUGGGAAGGCAAUAUUUGAAUGUUCUGUACGCUCCAACUGUUGCGUACAAAGGACAUACCGAGGGGCUGUGUGGCUUUAUGGACAACAAUGCCACAAAUGACUUCAUGGGACCGAAUGGCGAAGCUUAUGAGAGAGCAGUGCAGUUUGCAGAGUCAUGUACGAGAUGAUAAGUUUGAAUUGACAAGUUUGUGCCACAUGAAUGAUUCUUUAGUUUGAAACUAUAAAGUAAUUAGAAAUGAAGCCUGCUGUCUUGUGGAAAAACAUGGCUCUGUAGUUUUGCCUAACUGGUUACCGUGGAUCAGAAACGCUCGACGUAAAAACGAGCUACCAAAAGGUUAAGAAAUCAAAAUAAUAAUGAUAAUAAUAAAAUCUAGAAAAUAUUUCUGAAUAAAAUUUAUGUGAAUUCAGUCUGAUCCUUAUCGCUAUGAAGUUUUUGUGGCAACCAGUUUAUUAAUCAGUGGUCGUGCUCUUGUUUCAUGAUACAAUUGGCUAAUUACAUAAGCAAACGCAUUACUUAGCAAAAGUUAAGCACCCCUACGUCGUUUGACAUCAGGGAAACAUUUGCGCUUGUUAUAUAGCUGGAAAUUUCUUCCUAACAGCGCGCGCUCUCAUUGGUUACUUCGAGGUCACAUAACAUCUAACAAUGAAACUGUUUCCCGCCAAAAUCUCUGAGGGAAUCAUUGCAAAAAUCUAUGUUGUCAGAGGGUAACAGUGAAUUGUUACCCGCGAAUGUUGACCGACGACUUCCGUUACAGCGAGGUUUUUUUAGAAUUUCCAGCUUUAAAUUUACCAGCUAUAUAACAAAUCACUUUAAGACUCUGGUCUCUCGUGAGAUUCUCGGGAAACAAAAUUAACUGCUUCCCUCGGGACAAGUCGUUAUUAAGUGUUCAUUAUAGUCUUCCUUCGAUGAUACGAUACAAAAAACCUUACAAAGUUUACUAGUCUACCAAAAAGUAGACAACAUGGUAGAUCUUUCGUUUUAUGAGCUCAUUUUUGCAGUGUACCAGCAUUAUUAUUUGAAGCCUUAAUAAAGGCAAAUUGUAUCUGCUCCCUACGCGUAUUGCUCUUAAACUCCAGAACUAGUCUCCCACUUGUCAUGUGAGGAAAAUACAGUUAUUUAAAUUAUCAUGUACUUUAUUCUCCAUAUCAAUUGGCUCCUUCAUUUGGUGACUAGGGAGAAUCACGGAUUGUCAUAAUGGAUCUGGGACUCGGGAUUCUUGGUCAUGGAGUUCAUCGAAUUUUUAUCACGAAGACACCAUGGACCUUUCGUAUACUGACACAUCAUUUCAUCCCAUUUACUCAUUACAAGGAAUUUCACAGUCUGUCUUGGAGGUAACAAUCGAAAUGAAACAGAAAACGUUAUUUAAAUAUUAUUAUCUGUUGUUAUGAAUUAUGAAUUAUGUUAUGAAUUAUGAAAGGCUACGUCCUUCAAUCUAUGCAAACGUGAUGACGUUUUUGAGCCGCCUUAUUAUUUUCAUUUUUUUUUUUUAUAAUAAGGCGGCUCAAUAGAGAGAUUAAGAUUCACGUUUACGGCAAACGUCAGAUUCAAGUUGAGAAUUUCUCAGAAUGAAAAAUAAGCAGAUAAAAACAGUCCAGAACAAUUCUUAUGGAGAAAACUGGCGUGAAACUACUUAUUUUUGGGUAGAAGUAAUAAACAGUAAACGACAAUUAAGGGGAAAACUUGGUCACGUGGUACAAAUUCACGUUUGCCGUUUGGCGUAAACGUGAAUCUUAAUCUCUCUAUUAAUUUUUUACUUUAUUAUUUGCUUAUUUUUCUUUUGUCUACAAGUAUUAAUAUCCUUUUUCUCCGAAACUAAGCAGGCAGUGAGUUUUUUCGACCUACUGUUUUGUUGUUGUCUUGUUGUUUUUCAUUCUUUUUUGUGGGAUUGUUUUUUGUUAUGGUUUGUUUAUUUGUUGUUUUGGGCUAAGCCGCUGACACGCCUUCUUUCCCAAAUGGUCCCUUAAUUCCUGAAAAAGGCUGCUGGAGACGGUUGCGCUUACUUGGGCCAAUUAAAGAUUCGUAUAGGUGCCCCAAAGAUUCAUAAAUCUUGGUCAUAUUUAAGAGAAAUCAAAUUGAAAAUUGACACCCUUUUAAGGAGAAAAAUGACAUUCCAUCAAAUAGAAAGCCGAUAAUAGAAAAUGUUUGGAGCAGGCUGUUUUUAUUUCUUUGCACGGACUCCGGGGCCGUAACCCGAUGAGCCUACACUGAAACUAGAAAGAUCUGUUUGAAGCUAGGUGUAGCACUGUUCACCGACCCUGAGGGAGAUAGUUGUUUUAGCAUUUUCCAAAUCAGUUGGAUAAAACUGAAAAAAGGCUACUUUUGGUGAAUUAAAAACGUCACUUAGUAGGAACUUUGUUUGCAAUUUACAAACAUUUCGAGGAUUUUGCCAAGUGCAUUUUACGAUUUUGUUGCAAAUUUAGCAUGAAAAUAAUUUUCUACUUACCAGUAAACAAUGACAAGCCAAAGUCCGUCGCUUUCUUGAUAUUUGUUUACACGACUGCUUCAUUUAUCGCUCAAAUUUCGUCUUCCGAAAAUAUCUCGAAAGGAGACGCCAUCUUGGCUUUGGUCGCAAAACAGUGAAAAGCCAAGGAUAUUCCAAGUUACAGGCGCCAAUCAAAACGCGCAGCUAUUCACUGAUUUGGUAAAUACUAAAUUAGGCUAUAUCUACACUUGAACGGAUUGUUUUCCAUGUCGACAGGAAAAGCUAUCAGGUAUAGCGCGCACACAUGUUCACAAAGCCCCAAAGAGUGAACAGAAACCUUUCCGAUAUGUGGCGAUCCUUUUUCAACUUCGGCGCCGCCGCAGCUUCGCUGCGUUACAGAAAUCGGGUCAAAAUCACCUUUCUUAUGUGUGAACAGAAGCGCUAUCUGAUAUGGUUUUCGUGUCAGCGCAAGAUUCACCCACCCGGAGUAGUCAAUCAAUAAUAAUCGGUAUCGAUAACAUCGUUAAAUGUGAUUUGAUUGAUAUCGAUUGUAUCGAUCAAUCAGUAGAAAUCGAUGACACACUCAUUUCGUUCAUCGAUUUAUCUUGAUUUAUUCAUCGGAUAUAUACAUCUAUUCAUCAAGAAAUGAAAACUGAAUUCAUGCCAACAGCUAAUUUUUUGACAAUUGAAUUGCAAUUCAGAGACAAAGGAUCAAACAAUUAUCAUUUUAAAAAAAAUCGUUAAAAAAAAAAACCUACAUCUUUUUUUUUUUAAAAACCAGAUUUAAAAUCUUCCUCUGACGGCUGAUAUUAGCCAGGUUUGUAGGUACCCAGUUUUUCGCGAUCUGUCCUCCUUUCUAAAUAUAAAUGUCCGUGCACUUCCGGGUGUAGUUACAUCCCGGAGUUUUUUUAAAGUCAAUCCAUAAAAUCGAAAUCUAUAAAAAUUGUUUGCAAUCAAAUGGUUUUCAUCGAUCUGUAACGGAAGACGGUGAAAAUCUAUCUAGGGAAAUCUUUUAGCCUGAAUUUCAGAUAUGGCUUCGAUUCGAAUUAAGGGAGGUCUGAAAUUAAGGCUAGGAAAUGUUUAUCUAAGGUUGCAUUUCUCGUGUUAUACUACUGCAUCAGAAAUUUCUGCAAUUUGAUUGGCUUAGAGCAGUGUUAUUUCAGCUUAAUUUGAAAUACCUACAUCUGAAAAUUACAAACCUUUCGCGGGUAGUAGUAUAAACAAACAAUGGCAUGAUUUGAACGUGAUAUUUCGCAUAAAUACCACUUGUGAUAUUUCAAAAUUGUCUCAUAUUUCUCUAGCUUAACGGCUCGGGAAAUUAUGUAUAACAAUUUCGAAAUAUCAUUCGUGGUACUUACGCCAAAUACCACUACAAAUCAUGCUAUUUCCUAUACAAAUAAAGGGUUUUGGAGAGAAAGUUGUGUGUGUAAUAAUUUACACAUUUCUCAUUUUUAUGUACUUUCUAACUUACAGAACUUGGCCUCCAGUAUAGUGCGUAGCCUUAGAAUCUCUGCACCGGCGUCCUUUAUAGUUAGUUACCGUACUAAAGGGUCACAGUGCCAAAAAGGAUACCCUUUAGAGGGGGCUGAGCACCUCGAAAGCCAUGUCCUAUCCCCUGGCACAAGUCUGUAUAGCUUUAGUAGUUGAGUUCCCCCUCUUCUCGUCCACCCCCCAUGAGACAUGAGAUGGUCUGUUAGUACUGAGAAGUGCGUAUUUUUCUUAAAUAGUUGGCAACAAGUUUGUGCAAGUCUAUCGGCAUCUCUGAUAGCAAUUUACAAAGCUGCAUUUACGAUGUUGCAAUAACUAAUGACACAACAUUCACGGACCAAGAGAAUUUCAAACCAGGUAAGCUUGGCAUGAGACUAUCUGUUUGAUUUACAAAACUCGGCAGUUGUCAAAUCAUAAUCGGAAAAUGUGUCUAAACAGGAGAAAAUCAUUAAAAUAGCAAAAAUACAGGGAAACUUUCUGCCUCCUAAUUUUCAGGUUGUCCAGACAAAUGCUCAGGAAAAGGCCGCUGUGUGAAUGGAACAUGUCGCUGCAUCAACGGAUGGACCGGAGAAAGCUGUAACAAAGGUAUUUUAAGACGUAUUGAUAAAGUGCACCCUCUAAGUAUUAAACGUUUAAGCAAAAGACGACUCGUAUUCUGUUAGAGGGCGUCGCUUUCCCCUCAAACCGGUGGAGCCACGAGGUGAUAAUUACUGGCCAUACAUUCAUGCUGGGAAGCAGUUUGAACACAUUAAAGCUGGAACGAUAUUAGAUAUCUAUUUCUGAGCCCACUCUGCCAUUCAUCAUAGCCCGUGGGUUGAAAUCAGGCCUAGAAACACCACCGAAACAGCUCCGAAUUCUGCGCGCUUAAUAACCAGUUUUAAUUUUCUUUUUUUUAAUUUAAAGUUUAUGCAAAACCGCGGGAAAAAACGUGAACGGAAUGGGGAGAGGGAAGACAAGAGACGUCGUCAUUUUUCCUUUUUGCUUCUCGCGCAUCGUGCCUUUGUUGCUCACGCGGUUCGUCUUGCCUGUGGAAGUCCUUUCCCUUUCCCAGGAAAAGGAAAGGAAUGCUCUUAAUGUAGAACAAGGUUUUAUUUCUUCAAACAGUUAUAAAGUACUUUGCUCCUUAACCCUGGCCUCGCACAAGUACAAAGGGCAGGGGGAUAAUUUACCAAGAAGAUUUUAACUGGACGCUUGUCCAUUUCAGUAGCUGCUCGUAAACUUGGUGAAAAUCGGAUCAUACAUAUAGGAGAUAUUAAAUGACAAAUGAGGUGUUGUAUGGCCAGAGUUGAAAUUUUAAAUGUAUUAAAUGUAGUAUCGUUAGCUUUCAGAACAAUAUUCUAAGUCUGAAGUAGAAGUAAAGAAACAUGAUAAUGUAUUAGAGCAUUUUUAACAUGCUAAGCCGUUGGAAAGUGUAUUUCCAGUUUAAAACUUUAAAUUUUCAGGGAAAAUAAGGUGGAAAAAAAGGAAAAAUCUAAAAAAAAUGUCCGCCAUGUUGGAUGACGUCACUGGGCCUAGUACUGCCAUUUGUAUAAACAUCCCAUACUGCUAACAUCUUGUAGACAACGUAAGAAGCUAUCUAUUAAGGUGGCUCGAUACAGUUUUUUAAUGCCAAUACCAACCAAGUUUGAGCGUAAACUACGUCGCCAUACGUCGCCAUACGUCGCCAUACGUCGCUCCCGUGAAUGAUUUGGGAAUAACAGUUCCCAGGGCCGAGAAAUACUUCUGUAAGUAAAAUAGGUAAUAGCGUCAUGUCGUUGCUAUGACAACUCCGAUGUCAUUGCAACCCUGAUCCUAACAAAUUUUCAUCUUUAUCUAAUACAACUGCGGUGGCAAUUUUUCCAAAACUUUGUUUAUGGCGACGUAGUUUGUGCUCAAACUUGGGAGGUAUUGGCCCUGAAAAACUGUAUCGAGCCACCUUAAGGGUAGAAACGUUUCAAAAUAUCGUAACGAAAACGCUACAGGGGUUUGAACCAAUCAACCACGCCCUCUCCUCCCUCCCCUUCCUCCCUGUACCACAGUGGGGUUUGCAUGUACUUUCGUUCGAGGAUUAAGCAUGUUAUGUUAAUAAUAUUCUGUUGUCAACGACUGUAGGUUCUUGUCAAAAUUGUUCAACCAUCCAUGGGAACUGCGUAAAAGGAUUUUGUGUAUGUGAAUUGGGCUGGGAAGGACAAAGCUGUGAGUUGAAAGGUUAGAGCAUUCAUACAUGUAAAAAGUCCUGUACUUGGAAAACCUUCCCCCUGUCUCAAAUUACAACAUGCAUUAUUUGCGAGGUAUAAUCAAAAGUUAAAACAAGCAAACAAUGGGCACCAUUUUAGCCAUACUGUGCAAAGCGUACUUUUGCAUUGAACAACUUAUAAGUAUUUUUAACUCAUUUCACCUCAAAAAAAGCUAGGCAAGGGCCUUUUAUGAGAAAUCACCACCACAUCACAAAGAGUGACUUUCCAGCAUAGAACUUGACGAUUAUUUGACAAAGUCAGACCAACGUUUUUACAACUUAACUCAAGUACAAUACUAGUUAUUCCAAAAUAUUACUUUUCUUUUAUAUUAUGGUAAUUACCCCAAUCUACCUUGAUUACAUCGACGGAAUGGAAAGAACUUUAACUUACCUUGAUGCGAGGCAAUGAGGGCCAAUGAUCGCCUUAAAAGUAUAACUAAAUUUGUCGCCAUUUAGAAUUAGGUGCGAAUAGAUUUCAAUGUAAGCCGACCUUUCUCUCAUGGCCAUCCCUUUUGACCUUCGUAAAUGUCUAUUGUGGCCUUCUACAUAGCGGUUAUUUCCACAUUUAAACUCAACUACCAGUUAUAUGGUUACUCCUGAAUUAAAUUGCCAAAAAUUACGUGCUGGAUACUCCAUUUUGACCGCUCUCAAUUGUUCAUAACAUGGAUGUCUAAUAUCAAGACCAACACAAUUUGCAAUGCCUGUGUGAGACAUUUGACAUCGGUUAAGGUAAAUGGGUGGACGUACAUUUUUUGUCAACAAAAAUUUCCCGCAUCCAGAGAUAACCAAAUUUUCUUACCCAUGGUGCUCCGCUGCGCGCGAGAGAGCUCCCCUAACAACUUAGUAAAUAAUUCAUCGAACAGAUAAAGAAAUUUCAAUAGGUGUUUAAAUAACUGGAAAUAGUUUUUCUAGAAUGGGUUAGGAUGAAUUUAAUGUGAUUUUCUUAAUUAGCUACUUGUCACAACGUUGACAACUGCACAAGUCCUGUCCACGGCGCUUGCAAGAAGACGGAUAUUUGUCAGUGCAAUCCUGGAUACCUCGGUAAGUACACUACUUAAUGGUAGUCAUUAUUGUAGCCAUAAAUCAUACUUAUAAUCAUCCUGAUUUGUAAUCUAAAUCAUAACAAUUUUAAGGAUUAAGUAUCACUGAUUAUAUUUAGCAAUUAUUGAAUGGGGCUGAGUUGAAAAAUUAUGCAAUUAAAAAAUCGCACUGCAAAGAGUUCAAACCCCCCCCAAAAUUGCAGACGAUGCUCUUUCAAUUUUUAGUAUUCUUAAGGUUGGAUCCCAUAAUUUUGGCAUAGAUUGGUCACGUGGCGCCGAGGUGCAAAGGACUUAUUAUUAAAAGGAUUAAAUACUUCUUGAAUAUUUAUAAAUUCCAAAGUCUCCUAGCCUCCUAGCCUCCUAGCCUCCCGGCCGGCGCAGGUGUUCUUAGGGCAGUCGUCACGCGGCAGUAACGCGUGAUGAACCCCUAAGAACGUCUGCGUGGGAGGCUAGAAGUCUCCCAGCCACUUUAAUUAUCAUCAGCAACAAUAUUGACGUUUGACUUGAUGUGUUAUAUGAAAAGGGAAAAGGUUAAGAAUCGCUCAUAGGAUAGGCUUUCUUAAGUUGAUUUUGAAAGAGACGAGAGAAGUUCGCUUGACAAUGUUGGCAUGUUGGAAAAUUAUUGAAGUAUUUUGGUCUGUUAUUGCAAAGUAACUGAGGUUGCUAUGGACACGUAACAGGACACUCUUAUUUUAAUGUUUUUAAGUCGAUAGAAACUCAGAUAUUUAGUAUAUUACAGGAAAUUAACUGAUACCGAUGUUUUAUGUCCUAAGGUGUUGAUUGCAGCAUCGUGCCUACUUGUCACAACGUGUCAAAUUGUUCAGGGAACGGGCUCUGUAUCGAUUUUGGUGCCUGUCAUUGUUAUAAAGGUUGGACAGGAAGUAAUUGCACUGAAUACUCGUGUGAACGGUUCGAUUAUUGUUCAGGUAAAGUUUGUAUUCUGGAUUUACUUCUUUAGAUGGGAUGUAAUUUGUUUAAAAUUAUUAUGGAGGCGUCUCAUAUGACUCGUUAUAAGAUUGAAGGACAUUUAAAACCUAAGAACCUGUAUGAAGGUUCAGUCGAAGGUCAGUUGAAGGCCAGCAAGGAUAUAGAAAAAACUGGUUCGUGAAACAACGUUUUUCAAUGGUUCUCAGAAUAAAUGAGCUUCUUUUUGUUUAAAACGCGUAGCAUUCAAGCAUAAUUAAGCAGUUUCAAUUUCUCUCUAAUUUAAUUUUAGCAAAUUGGAAACGUUCUGGUAAGAUAUUAACUUUUUUUGGCGUAUAUGACACCUUUUCUUUGCAGUAUUUUGCUUGGCUUGAGUUUGUAAUUUUUUUCGUUUUCAAACAGUCAAAGUGGUUCGGAAAAGAAUUGAUCUGUCAAAGUGCACCUGUUACCCUGGGUCCGGUUCCUCGAAAGAUGGUUACGUUUAACCCAGGAUUAAGCCAAAUUUUAAGCAAGCAUGCAACUCGAACUUACAAAAUACUGUAAACAGCUGACUGUUGGGCCUUUACUCUGAGAUAUGGUAAUGAUAACACAAAAUGCUCCUUGGAAUUUUCUAUUGUUUUAAAGCUCAAGAAAAAUGAAAAUUGCGACGGCUAUACACACAUAUGCUGCAAAUGAAUCCACCCUUCGUUCCUCCUUUUUGUUAUUAUUAUUAUUAUUAUUUUAUUUUUUCCCCUUGAGUAAUGUAUGGUUGUUUCUCAAAGAGCGUGGUCGCUGCGUGGCACUAGACACUUGCGCCUGUGAUUUUGGCUGGACUGGGGCAAGCUGUGCUCUUCCUGAUUGUUCAGCUGUGGAUCAGUGCUCCGGGAAAGGAGAGUGUGUUUCCAGCAACCAAUGCCGAUGUUACCCAGGAUUCGCGGGGGCAAGCUGCAGUAAAGUGGCUGACUGUAGUAUAUUUGCAAACUGUAGCGGACACGGUACUUGCCUUUCCAUGACGUCAGGGAACGCAUCAUGUAGGUAUGGAAGUCGAGUAAUGUUGUUGUUGUUUAUUUAUUUAUUUAUUGCUUUUAUUUUGUUUGUUUGUUUGUUUUUCUGGAGCAAAACUUGCUACAACCAGUUGCAAAAGUACUUGAGACACUGUACCGUAUGUUGGCAUAAAUGGCCUGUCCAUGAUCUUGUGCUUGUGAUCCCCCCUCCACCCCUUAUCAAAGUUGUUAGCAAUACAAGACCAUACUCAAAACUUGGAGGAACAACUGUGAAUGGGAGGAAGGAGGGAGGUCAGUAUUAUAUCUUGCAGACCUGUGACCAGGAGCGAUUUAAAGCAAGAAAGGUCGUUUUUCCAGGGGAGUGUCUCAUCAUUUUUGCAACUGGUUGUAGCUUCGGAUGCAAAAUGUGCUAAGAUUCGAUUAAAAAAAUACAAGAGAAAUUGUCGUAUUAACCUUCAAUUGUUAAAUUUGGCUUACAACCAGGGUUAUUAAGUGUGAUAAUGAGCAGAGUUUCACUCUUUUAUCACGAUGUUUUACCCGGUAUGUCUAAGACUACAAGAAGAUUUUGUUUCCUUUUCUUUGACUGUCUGUGUAUUGGCAAGCAUUACCAUUUACACAUGCAACUGAAGAAUUAUCAGUGAGCUUGCGCAACAGGAUGGCAGAAAGAAGAGGACAGCAAAACGUGUGACGAACGUGACAGGCCUCUAACUUGAGUGUUUUGUCGCGAUCUUCCAUUAACAAUACUAAGAUCAGUUUAAAAAGGUGAAGUUUGGCGGAAAUUUUUUUCAAAUAUGAUUAUUGACACGCUUGCCACACAGGUUUUGCCGUCUUCUUUCCUCUCCCGUCCUGUUCCUCAAAUUCAGGCAAGAAAACGUGUUCUUCCUUAGCAUACCAAAGAAAACAAAGAAACCACUUAGAGUCGCAUAUACAUGUCUAAUAUCUGGCUAUUAUGAAUUGUCUUUCACAGUUGUUAUCCGGGAUUCACUGGAGAUAACUGCAGUCAACCUACCUGUACGUCACUAAACAAUUGUUCUGGUCACGGUGUGUGUAUAGAGGCCGAGCUCUGUAAAUGUGAACAGGGAUACAAUGGCAUAGACUGUAGUAACUACUCCUGUGAAACUCUAAAUUUUUGCUCUGGUAUGUUACGUAAGAUGUUUGUACUAAUUUUUUUGUUAAUAUGGCGAGCUUUCGCUGCUUACAUCGAGGUCACAUGAUAUCUAACAAUAAAAGACAAAACUGUUUCCCGCCAAAAGUCUCUGAGAGGGAAAUAAUGCAAAAGCUGUGACGUCACAGGCAGAGAUUUACAUGGCACUGUUACCCGUGAGUGUUGAUUGCCCGGUAAGAUUUACCUUACGUUCAUUAAUUUGUACACGCAGAAGAUAAAAUACGUAAAAUACCUCGGACAACUCGCGGCCGGAGCGGGGUUUGAACCCGCGGACUUCCAAGUUUUCAGUCCCACGCCUUGACCACUCUGUUACGCGGCCGCCGCUGGUGCUGCUUGCUGCCCGAAGACAUGACUUUUAGUUACAUAUCUUAGCUUAUAACGACAGUAAUAAUAGUCGCCCAUUUAGACUUCUAGCUCGUAAUUAAAAUCGAGGAGAGCUGAGCAGUCGCCUUUGUAACCCCAGUGUAUGUGUAUACUAGACCUAAGCAAUUAUUUUUCUAGGUAAGGGUCAGUGUGUUGGAUAUGAUGUGUGCAACUGCAACUCUUCAUGGUCAGGUCCAGCAUGCAGCAUCCCUGAUUGCAGUGGAGUUAAGAACUGUUCUGGACAAGGACAAUGUUUUCUUGUGAACAAGUGCGCCUGUUAUCCAGCUUUCGAUGGCGAGUACUGCGAUCAAAAGGCGAAAACAAACAUCAACCCACCCACCUUUAAUCAAGAGCUUUAUAACGCGACCAUUAAAGAAAACGCUCCCCCUGGAACACUGAUUUUGCACAUACAUGCUAAUGACACUGAUGACGGCAGAAAUGGAGAGAUAUUUUAUUGGCUUCUUGGCGAAAGAAGCCUUGAGAACCUUGUUGCUGUUGACGGAGCAAGUGGAAAAGUUUUUAAUCUGUUACCGUUUGAUUUAGAGAUGGGGCACCCCCAUAUAUUCAAUAUGACGCUUUUGGCCUCGGACAAUGGCUUCCCGCAGAAAUGGAGCAUGACCAUCGUACAGCUAACGGUAACGGACGAAAACGAUAAUUGUCCGAUAUUUGUCGAGCCAUCAGGAAAUCUUCGGCUUGAUGUCGUUGGCAUAAAACCGGGAAGUAUUCUUACUAAAGUUUCGGCCACAGACCUGGACAAUGGCGUGAACGGCGACAUAUCGUACAGCCUAUCAAAUAAUGAUACCUUCAACAUUGAUUCGAUAACUGGUGUGAUCAUGGUAACUUCUAAUCCAACGAGGGAAGAAUAUUACCUCAUAGUUGGUGCAGCUGACAAGGGUGAAGUAUCCUGCUUGACGGAAAUACAGUUGACGGUUAGGGUUAUCAAUUCCGCCACAACGACACCGCCAACCAAACCAUAUCGCUCUUCCACCCAAAAAUCACGAACCUCGUCUAUUUCAUCUGAGGUAGCCAAUACCUACAGUACCUCUGAGGUCUCGUCAGUGAAGGACAAGGGUGAUUACAGUACCUCUGAGGUCUCGUCAGUGAAGCACACGGGUAAUCAUGACAGUACCUCUGAGGUCUCAUCAGUAAAGCACACGGGUAAUUAUGAUUUUUAGCACUUUAAAUUCAGAUAGCUAGCUGGAACUCGUCAUUCCUCAAAACACCUUACUGCAGCAGAAUAUUUCAUAUUAUUUCCAGCCCACCAUGACAGAGAAUUUGUGACUCUGGGACACCCACAAAAAAAUUUUACUUCUUACUGACUGUGGAAAGAAGAAAAAAAAGAAUUCAUCUUGCUCUUUUAAUGCUUGCAGGUUUCUAACAUGUUGUGAGAAAAACGUGAGCGGAAUUAGAGCAAAAAGAAAAAAGCCUAGAUAUUGGCUUAACUUGUUGGCAUAUAUAUUUUCUAAGGCUGUAUAUAUAAUAUACGCUAACAGUUCUUGGGGUAUAUGGAUUCGACGGGGUAGUAAAGGGCUUUUUCAGGGUCUCAAUGGUGUGGAGACAUUUACGGUUAAUUAACGGUUGAUAUUUUCUCUUUUCCACGGCCAACGGUUAAUUUAUCUGCGUUACUGUGAAAAGACUUCUGAAAAAGAAAAAUCAAUAACUUUCAAAAGUCUCCAUCGUUAAGGCUUCCAAGGAACUCUGUGGAAUGAAAAAAAAAAAAGGAAAAAAGGAUGAAAUAGCUCUAUCAGGAAAGAGAUAAGACACGCAAAGUAAUAACUAGCAAUAUUGACACUCUCUACAUGACAACUGUUUUUGGUAGAAAUUUUUUUACGGUGAACAUUUUUUACCCCUAACGGUUAAAUAUUUCCAUUUUUUACGCCUAACGACUUAAAGUUUUCGAUCGUUUUACGAUUGACGGUUACUCCAAUUGAAACCCUGCUUCUAUGGUGGAAAUCAGUAUAUAACAGCCUAAAUAAGAACUAGGCUCUUAUGAUAACUUUUCACAUCAUGCCUCCUCCAUCUUCUCUAUACAGGCACCGACCCGACACCUGGUUCGUCGACCACACCAAGGGAAGCCGCAUUAGUGCCCCAGAAAGGUCCAAAGUAUGUUGUCAUCGCCGUGUCUGCUUCUGGAGGUUUGCUUCUAGUGAUCGUGGCACUUUUAUUGAAGAAGUUUGUUUGUAAUAACAGUCGUCCGGUAGCCGUCCGAUUUUCGGGAAGUGGUCGAGUGACUCCAAGCUUCCAGCCUGAUUUCGAGAUGUCCGAUAUUUCUAGGAAGAUUUAA